CGAACCCUCCGGAGGCGGAGCCAGUCGGCUGCCGGCGCUCGGCGAGGCAGCCUCGAGGCAGGGGGAGGGGCUGCUCGCUCUUUCUCUCGCCGCCCCUCCCGCCCCAUUGAAAGUGGGGCUCACGAUGGAUUUGUAGUAGAGCCUCCUCCCCACUACUCGUUAGACGAAUGCCAGGGGAGGGUUUUGUUUAUCAGGUGAGAAAGAGGAGGCGGAGGAGGGAAAAGUUUGUUUACUAGUAGGAUGACAUAGGGAGACCCCUGCGGGGAUUGCAUAUGGGGUGAAAUGUGUGGGAGGGAGGGGGGCCCCCUGUCGAUCUGGGGUGGGGAUGACAGCUGGUCAACGUACAUGGACUCCCCGCGCCCUUACUUCUGCCAAAAUACUGUACUGAUAUUGAUUCACUGAGAAAUAUAAUACCGUGGCCCCAUUUGAUCAAAGGGAUAGACGUCAGGACCCCCCCCCCCCUUGCAACCUAGGAAUAGUUUGCUUGUGUACGGAUAAAUCCAGUGAUAUUUGGAAUGCAUUAACAUAAAUUGUAGUGACUUGUUCAUAAUUGCAUACUCGUCGGAAUCCACCGUUACAUUGGCCAGGAAUCGAACCCGGGUCUCCCGCCUGGCAGGUGAGAAUUCUAUCACUGAACAACCAAUGAUGCGGGUGGCUCUGUGGUCUAAACCACUGAGCCUCUUGGGCUUGCUGAUCGGAAGGUCGGCGGUUCGAAUCCCCGCGACGGGCUGAGCUCCCAUCGCUCUGUCCCAGCUCCUGCCAACAUAGCAGUUCGAAAGCACACCAGCGCAAGUAGAUAAAUAGGUACUGCUGCGACGGGAAGGUAAGUGGUGUUUUCAUGCGCUCUGGUUUCCAUCACGGUGCUGGCCACAUGACCUGGAAAGCUGUCUGUGGACAAAUGUCGACUCCCUCAGCCUGAAAGUGAGAUGAGCGCCGCAACCCCAUAGUCGCCUUUGACUGGACUUAACUGUCCAGGGGUCCUUUACCUUUUACCUUACCUUUACUCAUCUGAAUAAUAACAUUUAUUAUAUACCUAUAUAGAGUACUGUAUGGCAGUUUCUUUUUUCAUUUUUAUUAAGUUUCCCAUUUUAACAAUCCAAUCAAAUCACAUUUAACGUUCCAAAUUAUACAAAUACAGAUCAAAAAGACGACAGUUUCAAGUAUCUUUUAGUUUUGGUUUUCAUUUCUUUCCCUUUAUUUGUCCACUGAAAUUUGUUAAUUUAUAUAUAUGGGAGUGGGGAACCAUUUUCAGUCCUGGGGGGCCACAUUCACAGUGGCAUAGUGUGGGGAGUGCAGGGGGGCCGGCCGCACCGGGCGCAACAUCUGGGGGGGGGCGUGCUAAAAUCCACGGGUUAGGGGGCGCAAAUUACUUGCCUUGCCCCGGGUGCUGACAACCCACGCUACGCCACUGCACAUUCGCUUCCGGCAGCCAUCUGAGGGCACCAUGGGGUGUGUGGCUGAGUGAAAAUUGUACUUUUGCACCGGUAGAUUGUUUUGGCCGUUAACCUGGAAAAGAGGAUUGGACCAAUUCGUGGAGCAGAAGAAUCCUGAUUGUGGUGUGUUUUUCCAUCAUGGGCAUCUGCCUGGCCACUGUGAGAAAAGGAGGCUGGAUUAGAUCGGCCACUGGCCUAAUCCGGCAGCCAGGCUUUCCUUGUAUUCUACACACAAACACACACACAAACGCACACCUCUAUCCAGACACACAAGAGGCACUGCCAAAGGACAUAUCUGAGCACUUGGGGAAGCAGUUGGUGACCAGGCAGGGGAAAUGUGACACAUGACUCCGUGGAGUAUUUGAGGGGCCAGAUAGGGAGAGCGCCAAGACCCACGACUGGCCCCUGCACCCGAGGUUCCCCACCCCUUCCUCUUGUGGAGGAGACACACAAAUAAGAACUUUAGAAGAUUAUCUCAGGGUCAGGGUAGUUCCUAUGGGGAGAGGUGGUCCUUGAGGUAUUGCAGUCCUGAGCCAUUUAAGACUUCAUAAGUCAAGAAAAGCACUUUGAAUUGGGCCGGGAAACUGACUGGCAGCCAGCACAGUCGAGCCAGGUUGGGUGCAAUAGGCUCAAACCGUCUUGCUCCUGUGAGCAACCUGGAGGCCAAAUUCUGCACCGGCUGACGUUUCCGAACUGUCUUCAAAAGCAGCCCCAUGCAGAGGCAGAGCUAGCUGCUUCGGAUCCCGGAGCGGCGCGCACGCUUUGCAGCCAGGGGCGGGGCGUGCCACCCACGGGGCAGCGCCGUGAAUGUCCCACGGGGCAGGGCAGCAAGCAUGGGGGUGGUGCCAUCCCACAGGGAGCUGUCUGUGGUGAGUGUCUUUAUAUAUACAGUGGUACCUCGGGUUAAGUACUUCAUUCGUUCCGGAGGUCCGUUCUUAACCUGGGACUGUUCUUAACCUGAAGCACCACUUUAGCUAAUGGGGCCUGCUGCUGCUGCCGCACUGCCGGAGCACGAUUUCUGUUCUCAUCCUGAAGCAAAGUUCUUAACCCGAGGCAAUAUUUCUGGGUUAGCAGAGUCUGUAACCUGAAGCGUAUGUAACCCGAGGUACCACUCUGUGUGUGUGUGUGUGUGUGUGUGUGUGUGUGUAUGUGUAUAUAUAUAUAUACUGCCGGAGCACGAUUUCUGUUCUCAUCCUGAAGCAAAGUUCUUAACCCGAGGCAAUAUUUCUGGGUUAGCAGUGUCUGUAACCUGAAGCGUAUGUAACCCGAGGUACCACUGUGUGUGUGUGUGUGUGUGUGUGUGUGUGUGUAUACACACACACACACACACACACAUUUUUAUUGGUUUUUUUAACAUAUCAUUUCCAACAGUCAUAUUACGUAACUUUUCAUCUUAUACAAUAUUUUAUACUUCCAUCUACACCUCUGAUGGUUUUUUGUUCUUUAUCACUUAUUCUGCAUUUCUUAAUUUCACUAUUACUCUUAAUUCUCACUAACUAAUAAUUCUCCUCAUAGUCUUCCUUGCAAUCUUUCGAGUAAUCCUCAUUACAAAGCUCCUUGCAGUCCUACUAGCGUAAUCUGUUCAGUACAAUUUCCAAAUAGUUUGUAUAUUUACUCCAGUCUUCUGAGAAUCUCUGAUCCCGCAGGUUUCGAAUCCUUCCAGUUAAUUUAUCAAGUUCUGCAUAGUCCAUCAAUUUCAUCCUCCAUUCUUCUUUCGUCGGUAAUUCUUCUUGCUCCGUGGUGAGCGUCUUAUGGGGAGCGGCGCAGAGAGCAUCCCAGGGGGGCAGGGCGGCGAUGUCACCCCCCUCAGGGAUGACACCCGGGGUGAACCGCACCCCCCGCACCCCCCAUCCGCCACCAGUGGUGCCAAAUAUAAGGCAUUGCAGUAAUCUAACUCUAGAAAUGGAAUUCUCAGAGAACAGCACAAUCCUCUAGGUCUCUAACAAAAGAGAGUCUACCACAUGUGUUAACUACUAGUGGAAUAUUUAGGCUUUGUUUUAUUGGUGACCCUGAUUAUGGCAGGCUCUCCUUUCUGCAGGUUUUUUAAACAGAGCUUGGGCAGGCAAGUACGUUUCCGAGCACAAUUCAAGGCGUUGGUGCUGACCUUUAAAGCCCUAAACAGCCUCAAAGGCCCAGUAUACCUGAAGGAGCGUCUCCACCUCCAUCAUUCUGCCCGGACACUGAGGUCCAGCUCCAAGGGCCUUCUGGCGGUUCCCUCCCUGCGAGAAGCCAGGUUACAGGGAACCAGGCAGAGGGCCUUCUCGGUGGUGGCACCCGCCCUGUGGAACGCCCUCCCACCAGAUGUCAAAGCGAAGAACAACUACCAGACUUUUAGAAGACAUCUGAAGGCAGCCCUGUUUAGGGAAGCUUUUAAUGUUUGAUGUAUUACUGUAUUUUAAUAUUUGGUUGGAAGCCGCCCAGGGUGGCUGGGGAGACCCAGCCAGAUGGGUGCGGUAUGAAUAAUUUUAUUAUUAUUAUUAUUAUUAUUAUUAUUUCAGGAUUCUUUUGAUGUGAUUCCUGCACUGCAGGGGGUUGGGCUCAAUGACCCCUGGGGAAGGGGUCCCUUCCAACUCGACAAUUCCACGGUUCUGUUUUGGUGCUCGUGCAUGUGUGAACAUUCGUGCAAGGGAUUGUGCAGCUGUGCGAGUAACGCUUGUAUGUGUGUGGUUGUGGGAAUGCAUGUGUGUAAACGGAGAUGUUUGCACCAGCUGGGGUGAAAGCCUGCCUGCAUCUCCUGGCCUGUGAUUGUGCAGAGACACAAUCACACAAGAUGUGUGUGUGUGUGUGUGUGUGUGUUUUGCAGAGGCAGAGCUGCUUUAUCGGGGUGAGUGUGCCAGGGAGGUUUUGUGUGCGAAAGGUGACUCCAGCCCAGUAGCGCACUCCCAGCGCAUUGCGUGCCAGCGGCCUCUGGCAGCGGCAGGAGCUCAGCCUAUCCCUCCUCAGCUGUGGCUUCUGGCCCCGGACCAGGGGAAUUUGGCCGGUGGCCUCGGUAAAUAACAACAGCCAGAAUUGGAAGGCGAAACUUGUUGCUAAGAGACCAAUGUUUUGCUCCGGCAAAGCUGGGGCCUCCAGUCUGGGAGGGAGGCGGGCCGAGGAGCCUGGGAACAGGGACAGAGGGAGGAAGGGGGGGGGAUGAGGACCACAGAAUCAUAGCAUUGGAAGGGUCCCCCAGGGGUCAUCUAGCUCAACCCCCUGGCAACUCAGCGGAAGUAUAACUUCAUUUCUUUUUAUGUGGGGUACUGCUGCCAGGAGGGGGAAAGAGAGCAGGGGCAAAUGAAAAGGAGGUUCCCCAGUUUUCUAAGGGCGUAAGAAGAUCAGAGGAGCUUGUUGGAUCAGCCCAGCAUCUUGUUCUCAUGGUGGCCGGCCAGAGGCUUGUGGGCAAAAGGAUUCUCCCCUCCUGUGGUUUCCAUCAACUGGUAUUCGGAAGCAUCGGUGCCGCCAGCUGUGGAGGCAGAGAAGAACCAUUGAGGCUACAAAUAACCAUCGAUAGCCCUCUCCUCCUCUGUGAAUUUGUCUAAUCCGAAAUGGAGGCAGUGAGAGAUUUUACUUUCUUGGGCUCCAUGAUCACUGCAGAUGGUGACAGAAGUCAAGAAAUUAAAAGACGCCUGCUUCUUGGGAGGAAAGCAAUGACAAACCUACACAACAUCUUAAAAAGCAGAGGCAUCACCUUGCCAACAAAGGUCCGUAUAGUUAAAGCUCUGGUUUUCCCAGUAGUGAUGUAUGGAAGUGAGAGCUGGACCAUAAAGAAGGCUGAUCGCCGAAGAAUGGAUGCUUUUGAAUUAUGGUGCUGGAGGAGACUCUUGAGAGUCCCAUGGACUGCAAGAAGAUCAAACCGCUCCAUUCCGAAGGAAAUCACCCCUGAGUGCUCACUGGAAGGACAGAUCCUGAAGCUGAGGCUCCAGGACUUUGGCCACCUCAGGAGAAGAGAAGACUCCCUGGAAAAGACCCUGAUGUUGGGAAAGAUGGAGGGCACAAGGAGAAGGGGACGACAGAGGACGAGAUGGUGGGACAGUGUUCUCAAAGCUACCAGCCUGAGUUUGACCCAACUGUGGGAGGCAGUGGAAGACAGGAGUGCCUGGCAUGCUCUGGUCCGGGGGGUCACGAACACCGUAGCUUCAAGAACACCGCCCCAGCGCGAUUUCUGUUCUCAUCCUGAAGCAAAGUUCUUAACCCGAGGUACUAUUUCUGGGUUAGUGGAGUCUGUAACCUGAAGCGUCUGUAACUUGAAGCAUCUGUAACCCGAGGUACCACUGUAUUUUUCAAUUUUUCCCUCUGUUGGUUCACCCCCUAGCUCUUCUGCAUUUUCCCAAUUACUCGCUACAACCCGUCUGGCUCCCCAGAGCUUUACAAUCCUUAUUUCACCCCUCCUUGCAGCAACCCCUUUCGAGCCUGGCCGCGCUUGGUCCCAUUUCACACACGGGAAAACUGAGGCGGGGAAGGCAGUGUCUUGCCCGAGGCCACCCACUGAGAUCACAGAGACAGAGGCCUGAUUCUAGUUGCAGCUCACCCGGUCAGAGACACAUACUCUCUCUCACUCUUUCUGUUUUGCCUCAUCUGCAAAACAGAUUCAGGAGGAGUGCCGUGUGUGUGUGUGUGUGUGUGUGUGUGUGUGUGUGUGAACCCAGAAUCUCUGCACCUCCAAAGUUCUGCCCGCCUGCUCCUCUCCCUUAGCCGCCCAGCCCAGCCCUUGCCAGUCACCCAGGUUGCUCUCACCCUCCCCACCCCCGCCGUAAGGUGUGUACCUGCUCUGGGUUAGCCAGGGGGUUCUACGGAGAAUUUUGGCAGGCUGGGCACAUUCCUCCCAGGGGCUGGCAAGAGCCUGCGCCUGCUCCCUCCCUCCUGGAAGUCCUGUUGCUUACAUAAACAGCAUUUGCUGGAGGCCCCUUCACGGCUCUGUUUGUUUGCUCGCCCGCCCGCCUAGAACUAUCAGGUCGCUAAGGAGUUGGGGGGGGGGGUUGCAUAGCAGGCCUCGCCUAUAUAUUUAUAUACACACUGUUGUCACAAAACCAGCCCCCCUUGCUUCCUUCACCCCACGCUUCUGUGUGUUUUUGCCCUCCUCCCCCAAAAGAAUAAUAGAAUUGUAGAGUGGGGUGGGAUACCCAGAGGUCAUCCAGCCCAACCCGCCCCCGCAAGGCAGGAAUUGCAGCGGAGGGAUCCCCUGACAGGUGGCCUUCCACCCCCUGUUGAAAAACCUCCAGCAAAUGGGAGUCCUAAACCUUCCGAGGGAGUCCCUUCUACAGUCUAAACAAAAAUUAUUCCCGGUGUUUAGCUGGAAUCUGCUUUCUUGUCCUUUGGGUCAGGUCCCACAGGUAUCUUAUAAUAACAUAAGAACAGCCCCCCGGAGGAGGCCAACGGUCCAUCAAGUCCAGCGUCCUCUUCUCAUGGUGUCCAGCCAGAUGCCCAUUCCGGGAAUCCCGCAAGCGGGACCCGAGUGCGAGAGCAGCUCUCCCCUCCUGUUUUUUCCACCAGCAGGUAUUUGCAAGUAGAGGCAGGGCACAGCUGUCCUGACCUCAGUAGCCAUCAGUAGCCCUUUCCUCCACCAAUUUGUGCGAUCCUCUUUUAGAGCCACCAAGGUUGGCUGCCUAUCUUCCCUGCAGCAGUGAGUUCCGCAGUUUAGCUCUGCGCCACCUGAGGAUGUCCUUCCUUUUAUCCGUCCUAAACCUUCCAUCUCCGUUGAAGGUCCACAAGCUCCAGAGAAGAACUUUUCUCUGCGCACUGGGAGGGCCCCCUUGUCCAGUUCAAGACAUGCGAUGUCAGAUGGAAAAGAUGGAGAUCUUCAGGCCCAGGAGCUGAAUGCAUCUCUCCUGGACCCGUCCCAGGUUGACCCCUUCCAAUAUCACUUCUCCCCGUUCGCUGCCAGCCUCCUCCUUGUUGCCCCUGGUAGAGCUCAGCAGGGAGAAGGCUGAAGCAGAAUUCCUUGUCAUUUGGCUCUGGCGCCCCCUACUGUCAGGCUCCCUGACUACUGCCCUACCAGCUGCCUAGACACAUUCCAAGCAAGCAGAGCCCAUUUCCGGAGGCACGUCUGUCCCGCUCUGGAACAGCACGUAACAUGAGGGCGUUUCAGGCUUAAGCCUUAGUUCCCUGCAUUGGUUCUGUCUACAGAGAGCGCCGAUCGUCAGUGAGAGAGACCUUCAGGUUAUGUUUGAAGACCAGGACUCUGCAGCAGUGCCUGCCCCCUAAAUCAUGGAUGAGGGGUCCCCGCAAGAACGUCUCUGUCCCGUCAUCUCCCACCACUCCCAAUAUUCCUCAAGGAGGACCCAGUGGCGGACUUUAAAAUUUCAAAUUUCAGAGGCACCCACCCUCUCGCCUUCCGCUCUCCAUCACUGUUGCAGCGCCCCCUGCAGUGCCCCCUCGGCUCGGCACCCAGUGCAGGCGAACCAGUCUUCUUCUUCUUGUUGUUGUUUAGUCGUUUAGUCGUGUCCGCCUCUUCGUGAGCCCCUGGACCAGAGCACGCCAGGCCCUCCUGUCUUCCACUGCCUCCCGCAGUUUGGUCAAACUCAUGCUGGUAGCUUCCAGAACACUGUCCAACCAUCUCGUCCUCUGCUGUCCCCUUCUCCUUGUGCCCUCCAUCUUUCCCAACAUCAGGGUCUUUUCCAGGGAGUCUUAUCUUCUCAUUGGGUGGCCAAAGUCUUGGAGCCUCAGCUUCAGGAUCUGUCCUUCCAGUGAGCACUCAGGGCUGAUUUCCUUCAGAAUGGAGAGGUUUGAUCUUCUUGCAGUCCAUGGGACUCUCAAGAGUCUCCUCCAGCACCAUAAUUCAAAAGCAUCAAUUCUUCAGCCUUCUUUAUGGUCCAGCUCUCACUUCCAUACAUCACUACUGGGAAAACCAUAGCUUUUACUAUACAGACCUUUGUUGGCAAGGUGAUGUCUCUGCUUUUUAAGAUGCUGUCUAGGUUUAGGUUUGUCAUAAGAUGCUGUCUAGGUCUGUCUAGGUUUGUCAUUGCUUUUCUCCCAAGAAGCAGGCGUCUUUUAAUUACGUGGCUGCUGUCACCAUCUGCAGUGAUCAUGGAGCCCAAGAAAGUAAAAUCUCUCACUGCCUCUAUUUCUUCCCCUGCUAUUUGCCAGGAGGUGAUGGGAGCAGUGGCCAUGAUCUUCGUUUUUUGAUGUUGAGCUUCAAACCAUAUUUUGCACUCUCCUCUUUCACCCUCAUUAAAAGGUUCUUUAAUUCCUCCUCACUUUCUGCCAUCAAGGUUUAUCAUCUGCAUAUCUGAGGUUGUUGAUAUUUCUUCCGGCAAUCUUGCGAUGGGUACUGUCCACUUUUGGCGUGGCCAGAUCGCAGUGCGCACGGGGCGCCACCCAGAGCUGCUCGGAGGAAGGAUAGGCAAAAACGCAGCAAGCAAACACCCCCCCCAUCUCUGCCCCCUCCCCUUCGAAGCGGCUGCGGCUGAGCAUCCUCUCUGAGCAACGCACCUCUUCUUCCUAAGGGAUGCCCCCGGUUUGAUCUCUCCCGAGACGGGGGGGGGGGUUGGGCUGCGCGCGCGCAAUGAUGGGGUGUGCGCUGGGGGAGUGCCUCUCCGGCUGACUGUCCCCGCAGACGCACGCAGAUGCGCGGGCGCGCACGCCAGCGGUGGCCGCCGGAAGCCCGCGCGCCUCGCCGCCGGGCUGCUCCAUAUAGAGGCGCGCGGCUAUUUCGGGCUGCGGCGCUGCCGAGCGAGUGAGGAGAGGGGCUAUUUAUAGCAUCCGGAGGGUAAAAAUGGAAGGUGCUCUCCUGAGCUGCCCGAAGGAGCGCUCAGCGGAUUGCGGGGAGGGCCAGGCGCGGAUGGGGCACCUUAGGUGCACCCAGAACCUGGAUGGAUGGCUGCAGAGAAGGAACCUGGUCCCUUCUUAGGGGGGGGGGGCUGGGUCCCUUAGUCCCACGCUGGGGGGGGGGGCGCAUCUUGAAUAAAGGGAAAUGCAGAGCUCUGAGCCCCCAAAUCGGCCUUGGACACCACCACCCAGGCCAGAUCUCCAUGCCCCCCCCGCCAGCCCUCCGAGGUGCUCGCCUGCUCCUAAACUCUUGGGUGCAAAGUCCAAGGGGAUGGAUGAAUUCCUUCCUUCCUCUACGAAGAAGGAGCUGGGCUUGAUCCGCACGGGACGCGCGCCUAGAAGAUCCGCAGGAGACCCAGCAACCCAGAUACCAACCUAGUAGCAGGGGGGAACCGAUGGACCCUUCUGCACCCCAAGCAGCUUAGCCAACGCGCGCUCUCCCGCGGCUCUUCCCGCGGCUCUCUGCUGCCCCUUGGUGGCCGCUCUCCGCAGGAGCAACGAUUUAAUAAUAAUAAUAAAUUUUAUUUAUAUCCCGACCUCCCCAGCCGAAGCCGGGCUCAGGGCGGCUAACAACACUAAAAUAGUGCAACAUUAUAAAAACAUCAUAAAAAUUAAUUAAAAUCAAAAUUGAUGGCAACCAUAAAGAAAAGUUCUGUAAAGAUUGCCAAAGGAGGGAGUCAGGCUGCGCCCUGACCAAAGGCCUGGUGGAACAGCUCUGUCUUGCAGGCCCUGCGGAAAGAUGUCAAGUCCUGCAGGGCCCUUGUCUCUUGUGACAGAGCGUUCCACCAGAUCGGGGCCACGGCCGAAAAAGCCCUGGCUCUAGUUGAGGCCAGCCUAACCUCUCUGUGGCCUGGGACCUUCAAGAUGUUUUUAUUUGAAGAACAUAAGUUCCUCUGUGGGGCAUACCAGGAGAGGCGGUCCCGUAGGUACGAGGGUCCUAGGCCGUAUAGGGCUUUAAAGGUUAAAACCAGCACCUUAAAUCUGAUUGUGUACUCCACCGGGAGCCAGUGCAGCUGGUAUAGCACUGGGUGAAUGUGAUCCCGCAGCAAGAACCCCGUAAGGAGUCUCGCUGCAGCAUUCUGCACCCGCUGGAGUUUCUGGGUCAGUCUCAAGGACAGCCCCACGUAGAGCGAGUUACAAUAAUCCAGUCUGGAGGUGACCGUCGCGUGGAUCACAGUGGCUAGGUCAGGGCGAGAGAGGUAAGGAGCCAACUGCUUAGCUUGGCGGAGAUGGAAAAAUGCCACCUUUGUUAUAGCUGCAAUCUGCACCUCCAUGGAGAGGGAGGUAUCGAAGAUUACACCAAAACUCUUAACGGACGGUGCUGGCACUAAUUGCGCCCCCGCAAGAGAUGGGAGUUGCCCCCCAUAUCGUCCCGUCCCAGCCAGAGGACCUCUGUCUUCGAAGGAUUUAACUUCAACCGGCUCUCACGUAACCAUCCAGCCACAGCUCUCGAGUACUACAGUGGUACCUCAGGUUACAUACACUUCACGUUACAGACGCUUCAGGUUACAGGCUCCGCUAACUCAGAAAUAGUACCUCAGGUUAAGAACUUUGCUUCAGGAUGAGAACAGAAAUCGUGCUCCAGCGGCAGUGGGAGGCCCCAUUAGCUAAAGGUGUACCUCAGGUUAAGAACAGUUUCAGGUUAAGAAGGGACCUCUGGAACGAAUUAAGUUCUUAACCCGAGGUACCACUGUAAAGAGAACAUUCUCGCCCCUGAAAAGAAUUCAGAUUUAAUUUGAAGAAGUGCGAACUAUUGGCGGGCGGGGGAGACCCAGAGCGGACCCCCCCCCCGCACGCAUGCACGCACAGCACACACAGACCAGUGAGGAAUAGUUGAAGCAAAGUUCUUAACCCGAGGUAAUAUUUCUGGGUUAGUGGAGUCUGUAACUUGAAGCGUAUGUAACCUGAAGCGUAUGUAACCCGAGGUACCACUGUAAACCUUUAGAAAUUUGAAGCUGGCUAUCACAUCUCCUCUCAGUCGCCUCUUCUCUAGGCUAAACAUUCCCAGCUCCUUCAACCAUUCCUCACAGACCCUUGGUUUCCAGACCCUUGGUUUCAUCUUGGUCACCUUCCUCUGCAACACUUUCCAGCUCAUCAAUAUCCUUCUGGUAUCCAAAACUUGACACAGGGCUCCAGGUGUGGUCUGACCAAGGCAGAAUAAAACAGUGAUACCAUUUCACUAUGGGGACGCGGGUGGCGCUGUGGUCUAAACCACUGAGCCUCUCGGGCUUGCCGGUCAGAAGGUUGACGGUUCGAUUCCCCACGACGGGGUGAGCUCCCGUUGCUCGGUCCCUGCUCCUGCCAACCUAGCAGUUUGAAAGCACGCCAGUGCAAGUAGAUAAAUAGGUACUGCUGUGGCGGGAAGGUAAACGGCAUUUCCGUGCCUCUCUGGUUCACCAGAAGCGGCUUAGUCAUGCAGGCCAAGCUCCCUCGGCCUAUAGAGUGAGAUGAGCAUGCAACCCCAGAGUCGUCUGCGACUGGACUUUAACUGUCAGGGGUCCUUUACCUUUUUUUUAUCAUUUCACUUGAUCUGGACAUGAGACGUCUGUUUAUGCAGCCUAGCACUGCAUCAGUUCCCCUCCUCCUGCUGCAUCAAACUCUUGGCUCCUCUAAAGCUUGUGGUCUACCAAGACCCCUAGAUCCUUUUAUCACAUGGACUGCUGUCACAUCUCAGUCUCUCUCCCCCCCCCCCCCAAGCUAAACAUACCUAGCUCCCCGAACCAUUCCUCAAAAGGCUUUCUUUCCAGACCCUUGAUCAUCUCGGCCGCCUUCCUCUGCGCACGCAUUCCCAUCCUUUUGUCAAAUCCCAGUCUGUGCUGAGCAGGCUUUGCUGAAAUCCCCCACAUCUCCUCUCCCAGGCCUGAAAAGGAAAUUUGUUCAUUUAUUUGGAUGAUUCAGAUGCUGCCCUUGGCACAAGCUGCUGGCAGCUUACAAUAAAAACAAGUAAAUAAGAACACACACACACAAAAUCAAUUAAAACACACAACAGCGAAUCACUGAAUGGGCGGUUAGUAAUAUUCUUUUAUUUAACCAUUCAGUAAAUUUCUAUCUUGCCCUUUCUUCCAAAACAGAAAGCAUCAAAAUGUUAAAACAGUGCAAUUUAAAAUAGAUGAAAACCCAUUUAAUCCUGCUGUGAGCCAGAAGGCUUUGGUAUCCCUGCUAUUACGCAUUGCAAGUAUUUCAGGGUGUCAAAAGGGGCCCCUGGAGACCAGGGUUCAAAGCCCCACACAUCUCUGAAGAUCACUGGGGUGCAUAAUAGCACCCCACUAGAAAUCUCAAGAGCCUAUCCCAAAAGAUAUGGGGGUCUAGUUCUCCUGGAACAUCUAAUUUACCGCCCAGUAAUCCAAGGGGAGACUGAAGGCAGUGUGGUGUAAUGGUUAGUGCGUUGGAGACAAGUGCCAUUGGCAUAACCGGAGAGGGCAGCUGCCCCCCAUCAAGUAAAAACAAACAAACAAACAAACAAAAAACUUAACUGAGGUUACUAAAGGUGUUGCGGGGGGGGGGGGGGAGCAGGUUUACACCGCUUCCAGCAGCUCAGUCAUCUUCACAGCAGAGCUAUUUGAAAAUAUAGUUGAUGUGGUUUGGGCUUUCAGAUGCAUAACCGACUUAAUAUUUUAUGUAAUUCUGUAGUCCUCCAUUGUAACCGAAGUUGUCCAUGAUUUUGGUGUUUUGUUCUUGUUGAAGAGAGUAAUAAACAAUAUUUAAGACUUUAAAAAAGAAUUGGGGGGACACGGGUGGCACUGUGGGUUAAACCACAGAGCCUAGGACUUGCCGAUCAGAAGGCUUUGCGGUUCGAAUCCCCGCGAUGACGGGGUGAGCUCCCGUUGCUCGGUCCCUGCUCCUGCCAACCUAGCAGUUCGAAAGCACGUCAAAGUGCAAGUAGAUAAAUAGGUACCGCUCCGGCGGGAAGGUAAACAGUGUUUCCGUGCGCUGCUCUGGUUCGCCAGAAGCGGCUUAGUCCUGCUGGCCACAUGACCCGGAAGCUGUACGCCGGCUCCCUCGGCCAGUAAAGCGAGAUGAGCGCCGCAACCCCAGAGUCGGCCACGACUGGACCUAAUGGUCAGGGGUCCCUUUACCCUUUACCUUUACUGGGUAAAAGGUGAGGUAAAUGCUGGUGGUGCUGUGGUCUAAACCACUGAGCCUCUUGGGCUUGCUGAUCAGCAGGUGGGCGGUUCGAAUCCCCGCGACGGAGUGAGCUCCCAUUGCUCCCUCCCAGCUCCUGCCAACCUAGCAGUUGAAAAGCACAUCAAAGUGCAAGUAGAUAAGUAGGUACCACUCCGGCAGGAAGGUAAACGGUGUUUCCGUGCGCUGCUCUGGUUCGCCAGAAGCAGCUUAGUCCUGCUGGCCACAUGACCAGGAAGCUGUACGCCGGCUCCCUCGGCCAGUAAAGUGAGAUGAGCGCCGCAACCCCAGAGUUGGCCACGACUGGACCUAAUGGUCAGGGGUCCCUUUAACUUGUAGUAAAAAAGAAUUACUGCUUAAAAACAUUUAGAACAUCCAAAUUCAUUUAAGAGCAGCAGCAAUCGGACACCUGAACCCCCCCCACCUGACUCCCCAUUUAUUAUUAUUUCUUUAUUUAUUUGCAUUUACACCCCACCUUUUUCUGGAAGGUGCUCAAGGUGCCAUGCACGGUCCUCCUCCUCCUUGUUUAAUCCCCACGACAACCCUGGAGUAGGUUAGGCAGAGAGGCAGUGAUGGGUCCAAAGUCACGCCCAGAGAGCUUCCUUCUGAAUACCAGUUGCUGGAAACUAGAGGAGGGGAAGGUCCGUAUAGUUCAAGCUCUGGUUUUCCCAGUAGUGAUGUAUGGAAGUGAGAGCUGGACCAUAAAAGGCUGAUCGCCGAAGAAUGGAUGCUUUUGAAUUCUGGUGUUGGAGGAGACUCUUGAGAGUCCCAUGGACUGCAAGAAGAUCAGACCUCUCCAUUCUGAAGGAAAUCAGCCCUGAGUGCUCACUGGAAGGACAGAUCCUGAAGCUGAGGCUCCAAGACUUUGGCCGCCUCAGGAGAAGAGAAGACUCCCUGGAAAAGACCCUGAUGUUGGGAAAGAUGGAGGGCACAAGGAGAAGGGGACAAGAGAGGACGAGAUGGUGGGACAGUGUUCUCGAAGCUACCAGCAUGAGUUUGACCAAACUGCGGGAGGCAGUGGAAGACAGGAGUGCCUGGCGUGCUCUGGUCCAGGGGGUCACGAAGAGUCGGACAUGACUAAACGACUAAACAACAACAACAACAGAGGAGGGGGAAGUGUUGCUCUUGUGAGUACAGGAUUCUGCACUUUUCUCAGGUUCUUAUGGAACCUCCAGGUCCCGGGGCAGUCUAUCUAGGUUCCUAGGUUCUUAUGGGUAUUCAGCCACUGUGAGAACAAGAUGGGCCUCAUUUUGCUCUUUUGGUGUCCUUAACCUAUCAAAACUAGCAGCAGCAAGAAAAUACAAUUAGGGCUCUUCCCUAACCCAUAUAGUUUACACCUUCCAAGGACCCAGAGGCCUGAAUGAAAAUCCUGAGCAGCUUUUGAGAUUGAAGCCACCAAAGCGGGACCUCCCUCCCUCCCUUUCUCGCGAGACAACCCAGUCCAAGGGGCACUUCUCCUGCGCAAGAGCCACCCAGGGGCUUGCGCAGGAGCAUUUCCCGCGGGGCAGCGCCCCCUUGUGGCUCUGACCCGUUCGCUGCUGCUGCCCUUAAUUAGUGCCUGCACUCCAGAACCUCACCUUGCCUGGGGUGAGUAAGAAAUCAGGGUGCUAUCGUGGGGAACCUGUUGCGAGGACCCUGGAUAUCUGGGUUCACCGCCUACCGGCCCCUUUGCCACGAAGUCACUGGGUGGAGCAGGUUCAGGUCUAAAUAAUGGGGGGGGGUGUCGUAGCCCAGCCUCCUGUUCUCCCAGUAGCCCCCCAGUUGACCCACUGGGAAGAAGCCCAGAAACCAGCGGGACUGCGGCGCCCAUCCAGCCCACGCGCGCCCAGCUGGCCGGCGCGUAAAAGGAGCCCAGGCCUCUCCAUCAGGGACCCAGGAGUCCGGGCUCCCCCUGGCCUCGGAGCACGGUUCCUGAGGGAUGCUGGCGAUGCUGGAGGAGGCUCUCUUCCAAGCCGUAACCAUUGCGCCCUACUGCCUCCGGCCGCGCCGCCGCCUCUGAAUCAGCCCCUGCCCCUCGCUCGCUCCGGCCCGCGUCAUCUCGGCCUGGCCUCUGGCUCCUGCGGCUAUUUAUAGCUCACCCGGCGCUAAAAAUAGCGCGGGGGCCGGUGCGCAGGUGCCCCCUUGAGCGCCGCGCGUCAGCCGCGCUAUUCAUAGCUGCCGCGCCUUGCGCGCUUGCCCGCCCGGGGACCCGCACGCAGGCUGGCUGGCUGGCCGGCCAGUCCGCCCGGACUCCAUACUUCUCUCCCUUUCCAGGCUUUUCUCGGCGCGCUCCUGCUUGACAUCAUGCGCGUUCCUGCGGGCCAAGCCCUCCGCCUCCCCGAGGGCGGAUUCACAAGUGACGCGCAGAACGCGCCUCCCGGGCUGGGACGGAGAGGAUGAGUCACUGGGAAGGGAAAAGACAGGCAGGCUCUGCAGGUGGAGGGAAAGGAGGAGGAAUUCGGCGUUUCAGGGAAGGUGAAGCGAAUUAAAUCAUAGACUCGUAGACUUGGAAGGGGGACCCCUGAGGUCAUCCAGUCCAACCCGCUGCAAUGCAGGAAUCUCAGCUAAAGCAUCCCUGACAGAUCGCCAUCCAACCUCUGCUUAAAGACAUCAAAGGAAGGGAGUCCACAACCUCCCAAGGGAAACCUUUUCACUGUCAAACAGCUCUUACCGUCCGAAAGCUCUUCCUGAUGUUUAGUCGGAAUCUCCUUUCUUGUAACUUGAAGCCCUGGGUUCGAGUCCUACCCUCCAGAACAGGAGAAAAUAAUAAUAAUAAUAAUAAUAUUUAUACCCCGCCCUCCCAAGACAGAGCCGGGCUCAGGGCGGCUAACAACAUUAAAAUUACAGUAAAAACAUAAUAGGGGAAUUUUUUUUUUAAAAAAAUACAGGUUAAAAUGCAAUCAAUUAAUUGACAUGCAUUCUAAAAUCAAUUCAUUCUAAAACUAAUUCAGAAUCAAAUUAAUGGCAACCAUUGGGCUAGAGUUCUAUGAGGAUUAUGAAAGGAGGGGGUCAGACUGAGUCCAAACCAAAGGCCAGGCGGAACAGCUCUGUCUUGCAGGCCCUGCGGAAAGAUGUCAAGUCCCGCAGGGCCCUAGUCUCUUGGGACAGAGCGUUCCACCAAGUCGGGGCCACAGCUGAAAAGGCCUUGGCCCUAGUUGAGGCCAGCCAAACCACCUUGCGACUUGGGACCUCCAAAAUGUUGUCAUUUGUGGACCUUAAGGUCCCCCACGGGGCAUACCAGGAGAGGCGGUCCCGUAGGUACGAGGGUCCUAGGCCGCAUGGGGCUUUAAAGGUCAAAACCAGCACCUUAAACCUGAUCCUGUACUCCACCGGGAGCCAGUGCAGCUAGUAAAGCACUGGGUGAAUGUGAUCCCGCGGCAAGGACCCCGUAAGGAGCCUCGCCACGGCAUUCUGCACCCGCUGGUGUUUCUGGGCCAGCUUCAAGGGCAGCCCCGCAUAGAGCGAGAUACAAUAAUCAAGCCUGGAGGUGACCGUCGCGUGGAUCACUGUGGCCACUGCGGUAUACUCCAUUCCAGCAAAGCAGAACCUCCAUGGACAGGUGUAGUCUACCUCUGCGUGCACCAGGUUCCGGGGGGGGGGGGCGGGACACAAAUAAGAGGGGCAGGCCAUGUCUUCGGAGUUUCCAGAGGCAUUUGCUUGGCUCCAUUUGGUACAGAGUGUUUUCCUCGCCCUGACCCAGCACGAGGCAGGUCUUAGGUUCCUGUGAAAUUUAAGCUACCAAGUGGCGUAACUAGGUAACUUUAGACUCUGGAAAUAGUAGUCUUAUGGACCACCCCUCCAAUAUUGCUUCAUUUAUUUAUUAUUAUUUAUUUAGAGCAUUUGUACACUUCACUCUUCAACCAAGCAGCUUGGCUUAUGUGUGGCUUAUGAAAACAAGGCAGUCCCUAUUAGUGUUGUUGUUGUUUAGUCGUUUAGUCGUGUCCGCCUCUUCGUGACCCCCUGGACCAGAGCACACCAGGCACUCCUGUCUUCCACUGCCUCCCGCAGUUUGGUCAAACGAUCAGCCUUCUUUAUGGUCCAGCUCUCACUUCCAUAUUAGUAACUUUGCAUUAAUGCAACAUUUUUAUAUGUAACUGUGUUUUCCUAACGUUUUGUUGAAGUUCUCUCUGUUGCUGCAUCCGUUUUCUGUACAACCGCUUUAAAUAUAUCAAGCGGUAUAGAAAUUAAAUAACUGAAUCAUCAAAAGAAAUCAAAAAAUCAAGAAACUCUCUUUUAUCUGUCCUGAAUUUUCCAACAUUCAUCUGCUUUAAAAAGGUAAAGGGACCCCUGACCAUUAGGUACAGUCGUGGCCGACUCUGGGGUUGCGGUGCUCAUCUUGCUUUACUGGCUGAGGUAGCCGGCGUACAGCUUCGGGGUCAUGUGGCCAGCAUGACUAAGCCGCUUCUGGCAAACCAGAGCAGCGCACAGAAACGCUGUUUACCUUCCCGCCUGAGUGGUACCUAUUUAUCUACUUGCAUUUUGAUGUGCUUUCGAACUGCUAGGUUGGCAGGAACAGGGACCGAGCAAUGGGAGCUCCCCCCAUCGUGGGGAUUUGAACCGCCGACCUUCUGAUCGGCAAGUCCUAGGCUCUGUGGUUUAACCCACAGCUUUGCAUGCCCACAAAUUCUCGUGACAUGAGUGUUCGUUUCAAAAUGUGGUUUCCCAGCCCAGCUACCCGCACCUCAUCCUCUUGAGGGAGGGCCCUGGACAUUUGCCCUAAAGUCCUAUCCUGAUGGGAUGCCUCAUUUUGCAGUAUCUGUGUGGCUGAUUUCUUUUUUUUAAAUAAAAUAAAAUAAAAUAAAAUAAAAACCUGAGUUGAGUUUAGCAUGCGGCUUGCAGAGAGGACCAUGGCCACUAGAUGGCGUAAUUAACUUUAUAAAAUAGCAGGAGGGUUUCCUGAUUCCAGGGACAAAUAAUCCAGAAUAUUUUGCUAUGGAACCGAACACCAGAGAAAGAAAAUCCCAGGACCUCCUUCUAGUGUUGCAAAACAUGCUGGCGAGUGUGUUGGGGUGGGGAAGGGAGUUGUACAUGGUCCAAGAGUUGUGCCCCAUUUGCAAACAGCCCUGUACGACCUUCCAAAGGAUCGGGGCCUUGAACCCUCAGACCCCAAUAUGCUGGUCUUCCUGGCUUAAGCGUCCUAUGCAACCAGACAGGCCCCAUCUGGGCUACACAGGAAGGGUGCUGAAUAGCAGCAAUCAGCUGAGUGGAGCAAUUUCUGGGCUGGCCUGAUGGUGUUGUUGUUGGAGAUUUUCGCUGAGAGGCAAAUGCCAGGUUCUCCAGCUGUUGGUUUGGUUUCUGUAGCCUGCAACUGCCUGCAGUGCACGGAAGCCCACAGAAUAGAUCCUUGCAGGGAACAGUGUGAAUUACUUUGUUAUGGAAAUUACGGGGGGCUGCACAUCUUUAAAACUGUUAAAUGUUACAAAUUGUUGUUGUUUAGUCGUUUAGUCGUGUCCGCCUCUUCGUGACCCCCUGGACCAGAGCAUGCCAGGCACUCCUGUCUUCCACUGCCUCCCUCAUGCUGGUAGCUUCGAGAACACUGUCCCACCAUCUCGUCCUCUGUCGUCCCCUUCUCCUUGUGCCCUCCAUCUUUCCCAGCAUCAGGGUCUUUUCCAGGGAGUCUUCUCUUCUCAGGAGGUGGCCAAAGUAUUGGAGCCUCAGCUUCAGGACCUGUCCUUCCAGUGAGCACUCAGGGCUGAUUUCCUUCAGAAUGGAGAGGUCUGAUCUUCUUGCAGUCCAUGGGACUCUCAAGAGUCUCCUCCAGCACCAGAAUUCAAAAGCAUCACAACACAAAACACUGUUGCUGCAUGUAGGAUUUAUUUUAUUUGUUUUUUUGUCUUAUAUUUUGGAAAUGUGCAUCCAGGUUUUUUCCCCUUUAAUUUUUUUCGGGUGCCCAAGAGAGUGGGGCCCUAAGCUAUAGCUUGUUUAGCUUAUACAGUAGUACCUCAGGUUAAGUACUUAAUUCGUUCCGAAGGUCCGUUCUUAACAUGAAACUGUUCUUAACCCGAAGCACCACUUUAGCUCAUGGGGCCUCCCGCUGCCGCCGCACCGCUGGAGCACGAUUUCUGUUCUCAUCCUGAAGCCAAGUUCUUAACCUGAGGUACUAUUUCUGGGUUAGCGGAGUCUGUAACCUGAAGUGUAUGUAACCUGAAACAUAUGUAACCCGAGGUACCACUGUACGUAAAUCCGGCACUGGCUAGAAGCCAACCGAUAGCCCUGUCCUCUAUGAAUGACUGCUCUAAUGAUGGCUGUUAGCUCCCUCCAGGAAUAUCUCCUCUGAAUCCUCAUUGCUUGGAGCUCCAGGUGGGGGGAUGCGAUGACUGAGCCCAUUGUGUCUUGCUUCCCAAAGGCAUCUGGUCAACCUACUGUGGGAAACAGGAUGCUUUGCUGGGAAGGCCUUUGGUCCGGUCCAUCUGCAAAGCUUUUCUGUUAGCCUGACCCUUUUCCCACCGCGAUUCCACAGUCUUCUGUUGGGAUAAUGCACCUUCCAUAGACCACACUUCUUCUGGGCUUCGAAGGGAGAGGUACACUGCUUCUAACUGAAAUAAAAAAAUUAAGUUCUCAUAUAUAUAAUAGGUAAAGGUAAGGGGACCCCUGACCAUUAGGUCCAGUCGUGGCCGACUGUGGGGUUGCGGUGCUCAUCUCGCUUUAUUGGCCGAGGGAGCCGGCGUACAGCUUCCAGGUCAUGUGGCCAGCAUGACUAAGCCGCUUCUGGCGAACCAGAGCGGCGCACGGAAACGCCGUUUACCUUCCCACUGGAGCGGUGCCUAUUUAUCUACUUGCACUUUGACGUGCUUUCGAACUGCUAGGUUGGCAGGAGCAGGGACCGAGCAACGGGAGCUCACCCCGUCGCGGGGAUUCGAACCGCCAACCUUCUGAUCGGCAAGUCCUAGGCUCUGUGGUUUAACCCACAGCACCACCCGCGUCCCAUAUAUAUAAUAAAUGUUCAUAAAUGUACCACGCAAACACGUACAUAAAGAUAUAAACCACAUGUCAGAAGCAGCACAGGAAAACAGCCCUGACUCCCAAACUGACCAAAUGUUUUCUCUGCAAGGAGGGAGGAGGUGGGGGAGCCUCCCCAUUGUCUUUUCCUUCACGAAUCCUGUCUUAAGGGUAGGUCUAUAUAUGAUUAGGGUGAGCCUGUGAGCUGGCUCAGGAACUAAGUAUUUGUCAUUACAAAAGACUGGCCAGGCUCCCCAAGAUCUCCAAUCAAGUGAGCAUUAACAUGUAACUUGCCAGACAGGAGAAAGACAACCAUUCAGAUUUCUGUUGUAGACUGCCUUUUCUGUGAUGUAGGUAUGAUGUAUCGGGGGUGGGUGGGUGGUCUAGAGCUACACCCCUACUGUGAUGUAGGUAUGAUGUUUCUGGGGGUGGUCUUGGACUCCAGGGCGGGCAAUUUAAAAUGUUUAAAAUAAGGGCGGGCACACCUAGGUUCUGGGUCCUCCUCCUUUCCUGAGUGUGAGGGGAGCACCUGUUGCAACAGUUCAAUAAAGAUCAGGCUUACUAGCUGCUUUGCUUCUCAAUAUUCUCUGGUUGGCCUCUGUUCUUUUCUCCGACCGACGGAGAACCUACAAAGGACUCUGUAAGGGCUCUUGUGUUUCCCAUAAGGGAAUAAGGGCAGAUUUUCGUUUAUUACAUAACCGUUGAGGGGUUCCAUUUGUUAUCAAGGCUAGUGUGUGCUGAAAAGCCUGUCUCCCUAUGAAAUCCACAGAGGGGCGUCCCAAUCCCAGACAGAAGAGAGAGAGUCACAAUUUGUGGACGGACGGAGCGGGACGCUCUGUGGGGAGGGCCUGGCCUGAUGCAGCUGUACCCUUCAUCGUUGCAGGUGGAGGGACAGAAUCAUGGCGCUGGGCUGACGGGCUGUGUCUCUCACCAGACGAGACGAUGGACAGGGCUGGUGGCCUUGCUCGUUGCUGGCAGAGUUUGCUCCAUCCAUCCCAUAAUGAGCUGGCCGCUCAGCUUUUCACCCUUGCCCCUCUAUCUGUUAUUUCCUCUAUCCGACUCUCUCACGGCAUUCUUCAGUUUCCCAUCGCCCCGUCUGUCUAUUAUUGUCUUCUGCAUCCAUCCAUCCAUCUCCGCCCCGCCCCUCCCUCUUCCAGUGACCUAGUGGAUCCUGUCCACCGCGUGGAAAACUCGCCUCCUCCAUUCAAGACCUCCCCCCCCACUUCGCUCUCACAGACACACUCGGUCACACACCUUUGCUCUGGUCCAUUGCGAUGGGAUGAAUUUCCUUGUCCAUAAAACACCCUUCUUGAAGACAGAGCCAGCUCUGUGUUCCCUGGGGGCUCUUAGGUCCUGCUUCCAUCUGGUUGGCCACUGUGAGAACAGAAUAUAUCUUUCAGGAUAUAUAGCUUUAUUUACACAUAUGUAGACCCUGAGCCUGGGACGCGGGUGGCACUGUGGGUUAAACCACAGAGCCUAGGACUUGCCGAUCAGAAGGUCGGUGGUUUGAAUCCCCGCGACGGGGUGAGCUCCCGUUGCUCAGUCCCUGCUCCUGCCCACCUAGCAGUUCGAAAGCACGCCAAAGUGCAAGUAGAUAAACAGGUACUGCUCCAGCGGCAAGGUAAACGGCGUUCCUGUGCGCUGCUCUGGUUCGCCAGAAGCGGCUUAGUCAUGCUGGCCACAUGACCCGGAAGCUGUACACCGGCUCCCUCAGCCAGGAAAACGAGAUGAGCGCCGCAACCCCAGAGUUGGCCACGACUGGACCUAAUGGUCAGGGGUCCCUUUACCUUUACCUUUACAGUGGUACCUCAGGUUAAGUACUUAAUUCGUUCUGGAGGUUCGUACUUAACCUGAAACUGUUCUUAACCUGAAGCACCACUUUAGCUAAUGGGGCCUCCCGCUGCCGCCGUGCCGCCGGAGCCCGGUUUCUGUUCUCAUCCUGAAGCAAAGUUCUCAACCUGAAGCACUAUAUCUGGGUUAGCGGGGUUUGUAACCUGAAGGGUAUGUAACCUGAAGCGUAUGUAACCUGAGGCACCACUGUACAGUGGAGGCACCUGUACGAUUUCAAUAGGCAGGGAGUUCCACAGGGUCAGUGCUGCCUCACUAAAAGAUCUAUUUCUUACAAAGGUUGAAGGGCUGCUAUCGAAGUGGUCGGCUGGUUGUUUAUGGGGCAAGGCCCAUAAACUGAUCCCAAGUCGUUAAGGGUGUCACACACUAAUAGUAACGCCUCAGACUUGGCCUCAGCCAGGGCAGAUCUCUGAGCACAGAUGCUAUAUGCGGACAAGGCCUCUCUCCCGGCAGCAAUCGUGCGCUAGCUGCAGCUUCCGGCUCGGGCGCAAGGAAAGCUCCACAAAGAGCACAUUGCAGUAAUCCAGCAAUGUGGGAAAGAGAAGGGGUGCCUUGGGGGGAGCCCCAAUCAAACCCCUUUAGCUGCCUUACGCAUAGAACUGUAGAGUCGCAAGGGGUCACAAGGGGUCAUCUAGUCGAACCCCGUUGCAAUGCAGGAAUCUUUUGCCCAACAUGGGGCUCCAACCCACAACCCUGAGAUGACUGAUAGCCAGAAGUUGUAAAUGUGAAACAACACCUACAAUAAUAGAUUGGCCAUCAGUCAUGCUAGAGUACUUUCAAUUAGCAAAGCUGACCGGAAAAAUCAGAGCAGCCCCAAAUCAAAAAUUAUUUAGAGAAUGGAGACUAUUCAAAGAAUAUAUAAGAUUAUAUUGUGAAAAUGACGUUAUCCUAGCAGAACUGAAUGAUACUUGUAUAUAAUAAACAAAUGGAAUAAAUGCACUAGAAAAAUAUACAGGAAAAGUUAUAGAACAAACUGUGCGAUAAAAUUAAGACAAUAGAAAAAGCACAACUAGAAUGAUUGGAAGUUUCUUUCAGAAGACUUCAUUAGAAAAGACAGGAUGUUCAUCUCUUAUUGUUAACUCUUCUUUGCUUUUUUUAUUUUCUUUAUCUUUUUUCUUUUAUAGUUUUGUGUUUAAUUUUGCUGUAACUAUUUGUAAUGUAUAUGCAAGAUGAUAUUUUAAAUCAAUAAAGACGAAACACUUACCGUAUUUUUUGCUCCAUAAGACUCACUUUUUCCCUCCUAAAAAGUAAGGGGAAAUGUGUGUGCAUCUUAUGGAGCGAAUGCAGGCUGCGCAGCUAUCCCAGAAGCCAGAACAGCAAGAGGGAUUGCUGCUUUCACUGCACAGCGAUCCCUCUUGCUCUUCUGGCUUCUGAGAUUCAGAAUUUUUUCUUUCAUGUUUUCCUACUCCAAAAAUUAGGUGCGUCUUGUGGUCUGGUGUGUCUUAUAGAGCGAAAAAUACAGUAUUUCUUGAAAAAGAGAGAGAGAUUAAGAAUCUCACGCUCUGCCAACCGAGUUACCCGCUGGGAUGCCACCUGGCAUCCUUUUUGGGGUGACUAGGCUUCGGAGUGGCCCUUGCUCUGGGCAUUUCGGUCCGGAGGGAGGAGAGGAGGGAGGCCAUAGAGAUACGAAGGGCUGGCUGCCAGCCAGCAGCUGGGCUCCCAGACACACGCCAAGCCCGGGAGUAACCUUGCUCCUUGUUUAUACGGAGAGCUGACCCGACCCUUCGCCAUUCACGUCAGAUCAGUUGCUGCCAGAGGCAUUUCUCAGAGCCGCAGAGACUUCCCUAGGGAGCCAGGGGGCCAUUCCCACACUGGUCGCCCCCCCAGUUCCCAGCCCGGCCUGCCAUGGGACAGGAGACAGCGCUCUCCACCAAAGGACAGCCGCCUCUGCCAGCCUGCCUGGCCUGGAAGCCGAGCAAACCAGCAACUUCAGAAAUAACAGCAGGAAGACUUGAAGGACAGAUCCUGAAGCUGAGGCUCCAUUACUUUGGCCACCUCCUGAGAAGAGAAGACUCCCUGGAGAAGACACUGAUGUUGGGAAAGAUGGAGGGCACAAGGAGAAGGGGACGACAGGGGGAGAGAUGGUGGGACAGUCUUCUCGAAGCUACCAGCAUGAGUUUGACCUAACUGCGGGAGGCAGUGGACGGGGAGAGGGGUCUUGUGUUCGAAUCCUGACUGUGGGCUUCCCGUUAGCGUGCCUGGGAUGUUUGGCCUCGUGAGCCACCAGCCUGAUGCUACAGGCUCUCUUUAGCCUCUUAAAGGGGAUGGAAUAAGGCCGGCAAGGGCUUGAGGAAGACAAGGGACAGCCCCCUGCCCAGGCUCCCUCGUGUCCAUAUAUGGCGGCCCCUUUCCAAACUGGACCCUGCGGCCGAGUUUGCCCAGCAGGAAAGACGAGCCAGGGAAUGCCCAGCUGCUCAGGGGCUUGGAUUCUGCAGCUGAUGCAAGGAUCUGCAAUGCAGCCUGGCACCUGCCCGCCCACAGGAGACAAGGCCUUUCCUCUCCUAGCCCUCUCUCUCUCCUCAUCCUGCCAUCAGUGCCCAAGGCCCCCGGCGCUCCUUGCAAACUCUGAGGAGGCCGGGGGCCUGGGGAGGGUCAGGUGUUGGGCAAGGCACACACACACACACACACACACACACACACACACCACAGGAGAUGUCUAUUAUUAGCGGCAAAUACCAGCCAGGAUAAUGUCCCACAGAGGGUCAUGCCCAAAGCUCUCCUGAUGGAGACAUAAAUAGCCUCUCUCUCCCCCCACUCUGCUUGCUUCAAAUUAUUAUUACUCUCAUUAAAUUCAACUGCCACAAUUGAAUAAUCAUAGUACCGUAGAAUUCUGCAGUCAUUUAAAUGUGUCUGUGGGAAGGGUUAUUGUUUUGCCAUCCCGUUGUACUUAUUUUCUCCUUUUCUCCUGUAUUUUAUUGUGUGAACCGCCUUGAGAUCUUAAUUAUAAUAAUAAUAUUUUCAUUAUUUAUACCCCACCCAUUUGGCUGCGGUUCUCCAGCCACUCAGGGCGACUUCCAGCGUAUAUUAGCGCAGAAUAUAAAUCUAAUAUAAAUAAAUAAACAAUAUUUAAAAAAAUAGAAUUGUACAUUUGCAAGGGACCUCCAGGGGUCAUCUAUUCCAACCCCCUGUAAUGCAGGGAGGAGCACUUCCUAGGGACCCACAGUUCGUUCUUUGUGGGUUGGCAGCAAAGUGUGUUGUGCUAUCAGCAUCUCUCCUCAGUGAAGGAACGCAAGGUGCUCCAUGCUCUGGAGAAAGCUGAAAACCUCAAGUCUUCUUCUGCUGCUGCUGCUGCUGCUUCUUCUUGUUGUUGUUUAGUCGUUUAGUUGUUUAGACACGACUAGUCCGACUCUUUGUGACCCCCUGGACCAGAGCACUCAAGGCACUCCUGUCUUCCACUGCCUCCCGCAGUUUGGUCAAACUCAUGCUGGUAGCUUCGAGAACACUGUCCAAUGAUCUCAUCUCUGUCGUCCUCUCCUAGUGCCGUCCAUCUUUCCCAACAUCAAGGUCUUUUCCAGGGAGUCUUCUCUUCUCAGGAGGUGGCCAAAGUACUGGAGCCUCAGCUUCACGAUCUGUCCUUCCAGUGAGCACUCAGGGCUGAUUUCCUUCAGAAUGGAGAGGUUUGAUCUUCUUGCAGUCCAUGGGACUCUCAAGAGUCUCCUCCAGCACCAGAAUUCAAAAGCAUCCAUUCUUCAGCGAUCAGGCUUCUUUAUGGUCCAGCUCUCACUUCCAUACAUCACUACUGGGAAAACCAUCGCUUUAACUAUACAGACCCUUGUUGGCAAGGUGAUGUCUCUGCUUUUUAAGAUGCUGUCUAGGUUUGUCAUCGCUUUUCUCCCAGGAAGCAGGCGUCUUUUAAUUUCGUGGCUGUGGUUUCCAGCAAUUGGUAUUCAGAAGCAUCACUGCGUCCCACUACAAAAGCAGAGCAUGGGCAACGUGGCUAGCAAGGUAAAAGGUAAAGGACCCCUGGACGGUUAAGUCCAGUCAAAGGCGACUAUGGGGUUGUGGGGUUGAUCUUGCUUUCAGGCCGAGGGAGCCGGUGUUUGUCCACAGACAGCUUUCCGGGUCAUGUGGCCAGCAGAACUAAACUGCUUCCGGCGCAACAGGACACCGUGACGGAAACCAGAGCGUACGGAAACGCCAUUUACCUUCCCGCCGGAGUGGUACCUAUUUAUCUACUUGCGCUGGUGUGCUUUCGAACUGCUAGGUUGGCAGGAGCUGGGACAGAGCAAAGGGAGCUCACCCUGUCGCGGGGCCUAGGAAGGGGCGGGGGGUGCAGUCUGCCCUGGGUGUGAUCCCUGAGGGGGUGACAAAAUAGCACACCGUGGGGGGUGGGGUGGCACUUACCGCGGGGCCUGGCCUGCAGCGUGCCCAAGCCACGCGUCUCUCCUGAGAGUGAUGCGGUGGCUCGGGGCCCUGCGCUGCCCGAAACAUCAAUGUGGGGUUUGCGCCCACCAGGCGGACUCCAUGGGCCCCACAAUGCCCCCCCUGGGCGAUCGCCGUGGCGGAUCGCCCUGCCCCCGCUGCUUCGGAAGCUGGAGCAGCUAGCUACACCCCUGACCCCAUUGCAGGGAAUCGAACCGCCGACCUUCCGAUCGGCAAGCCCAAGAGGCUCAGUGGUUUAGACCACAGCACCACACAGCAUUCCAAAUGUGGUUGCACCAUAGAUUUGUAUAAGGGCAGCAAAGGCUCAGAGCAGCUCUGUGUCUGUUCUUCACAUCCGACACCCUGGCCUUUGGAUGCCCCUCCCAUCGCCCCCUUCUUCUCUCUCCAUUGCUCCCCCCACUUUAUGCUUUUAAAAGGCCUAUAUACCUGGAUAGCCCUGUGGCAUAGAUCCUGAUUACUCAUAAUAAUGACUGGUGGGGAAUGAAUCCAAAGGCCAUCUAGGCUGACCCCGCUCACCGCCUAAAAUAGCGAGACACCACUACCUAGGCCACGCAAACUAGGGCAUUGACAGAGAGGAGAGACAAACGUAGGCAGGCCAAAGGGGGACCUUCUCUUCUGGUUUUGCCAUCCCAACCAGAUACUACAAAGAAGUCGCAUUGCAGGGGGUUGGAAUAGAUGACCCUUGGGGUCCCUUCCAGCUCCACAGUUCUGUGAUUCUAUGAAGUUGGCAGUGAGACUCCCUCAGAAAGUGGUGCCCUCUCCACUGUUGAAAGACAGGUUGUAUGGGCAUCUAAUAAUAAUAUAUAUAUAUAUAUAUAUAUAUAUAUAUAUAUAUAUAUACUCCACCCAUCUGGCUGCCACUCUGGGCAGCUCCCAACAGAAUAUUAAAAACACGAUAAAACAUCAAACAUGAAAAACUUCCCUAAACAGGGCUGCCUUCAGAUGUCUUCUAAAUGUCAGAUAGUUGUUUAUUUCCUUGACAUCUGACGGGAGGGCGUUCCACAGGGCGGGCGCCACCACCGAGAAGGCCCUGUGCCUGGUUCCCUGUAGCUUCACUUCUCACAGUGAGGAAACUGCCAGAAGGCCCUCAGAGCUGGACCUGAGUGUCCAGGCAGAACGAUGGGAGUGGAGACGCUCCUUUGGGUAUACUGGGCCAAGGACAAGGGAUUCUUUAGCUGCGAUUCUUGCACGCAGCGGGUUGGGCUAGAUGACCUUUGGCGUUCCCUUCCAACUCUACCGUUCCAUGAUUCCUUAAGCGAGGGAAUGAAGGCCAGAGCACAGGAGGAGGGUGAAUUAUGUCCCUGUGGUCUCCUUGUGGAAGAGAUGCUUCCUCACCCCACCAGCGGAGAGCUCCCUAAAUGGGGUCACUUCCCUUCCCUCUGACCGGGCUCCCCUCCUCCUCCUCCUUCCUCCGCUGAUCAAAGUCAAACAGACAUGCAAGCUGUCAGCAGGUCCAGGAUUGAUGACUGUCGGUCAAAUCCCCUCAUCCGGCCCAGCCUUGGUUCCUUGUGUGCUGAGCUUGCUUCCCAGCCUCGCAAAGUGUCCGCUGACUCCAGCAAUGCCGGGGCCGUCCCCUUGCCAAACGCCUGUCCCGUUCUGUAGCUGUGAGCCACGCAGGACCCAGCUGCUGGGCCGCCAAAUGUCCGGCAGCUGCAUCCAGGAAUUGAGGUCCUUGGACUGACGCCAUCCCUGCUUUUCGGAGGGUCGUGUAGAAGACACCUGUGCGGUGAUCCCAGCUGGUCCAAAGCGCAUGACCCUGUUAGGUUUGUUGACUGCGGUGUGAGGCGGACAGGAUCCACGGGAGACAGGGCUUCCUCAGCUGGGAAAUGACACAGCAAGAGAAAUGGGGUGGGAAUCCCACCCACCCCCAAGGCCUCUUCGUUCAGCCCAAAGAGAUUCAGGGGGAUUCUUUGGAGCUGCCCUGAUGGCACACCACUUUUUAGUCCUGGAAUCUCACAGAAUCAUAGACUUCUUGAGUUGGAAGGGAUCCCAAGGGGUCAUAAUUUGAAACCAUGGGCUCAAGUCUUAACCUCCAGAGCAGGAGGAAAUAAGUCUACUCCAUCUUCCCCCUGGCAACCCUUCAGAUAUUUGAAGAUGGCUAUCGUAUCACCAAGGGACGUGGGUGGCGCUGUGGGUUAAACCACCGAGCCUAGGGCUUGCCGAUCAGAAGGUCGGCGGAUCGAAUCCCCGCGACAGGGUGAGCUCCCGUUGUUUGGUCCCAGCUCCUGCCCACCUAGCAGUUCAAAAGCACGUCCAAGUGCAAGUAGAUAAAUAGGUACUGCUCUGGCGGGAAGGUAAAUGGCGUUUCCAUGCGCUGCUCUGGUUCGCCAGAAGCGGCUUAGUCAUGCUGGCCACAUGACGCCGGCUCCCUCAGCCAAUAAAGCGAGAUGAGCGCCACAACCCCAGUCAUCUGCGACUUGACCUAAUGGUCAGGGGUCCCUUGACCGUUACCAUAUCACCACCCAGUCUUCUCUUCUCCCCUGGGGCUUGUGCAUUGCACUCCUUUGCACUCCUUUGGUAAUCCUCACAGAACUCUAGCCCAAUGGUUGCCAUUAAUUUAAUUUGAUUUUGAAUUGAUUUUAAAAUGAAUUGAUUUUAGAAUGCUGUGUUACUUUUAUUAUUGUUAGCUGCUCUGAGCCCGGCUUCAGCUGGGGAGGGCGGGAUAUAAAUAAAUUAUUAUUAUUAUUAUUAUUAUUAUUAUUAUUAUUGGAAAACCAAUAGUGGAGCAUGUGCAGAGAGCGCUUUCCUAGCAAAUGAAAGCCAUUAAAUGAUUAAAAAAAGGCAAGAAAUGUAAGAGGGCCAGGGAAUUAUGCUUCCUCCCUCAUUGCUGCAAAAUGUCACCUUGUCUUCUGGUGGGGGCUGCUGUUCUGGGUGGCGGUGGAAGAGAGUGUCCCAGCGCAUGUGCAGAGACCCCUUUCCUCAGCAUAUGUGGUGAUCUUUCAGAUGCCUGCAUCAAAUAUCUCUCUGUCUAUGUGACACACACACACACACACACACACGUUGGUCUGUAAGAAAAAAAUUCCAAAGCUCACAACAGGCCAAACCAAAUAUUGCAAAAUAGCUUGGAAGCUUUUAGUUUCUUCACAGUCCUUCAACAGGCCAGCAAGAAAACGGAACAGUGAGAUGGGAUGGGAAGCAGGCAGGGAGGGAAAAAUCUUGGCCUGAAUCUCCAUGUUUUCAACAGCCGAAAAACCAAAACCCUUCCCCUCCCCCUCCCCCUCCUCCCUUUCCCCAUCAAGCCUGAUGAAGAUUUCUGGAGGACUCAGAAGCUAAUUUUGUGAUAUUUUAUUUUGUGAUAUUUUGGCUGGCCUAACAAAGGUAUGCAUUGCAUCAUUAAUUACAACCAUUUAUCACCUGCCAUCCACUCCAAGGUCCCAGGGCAGCUACAACCAUUAAAAAGCCAUGCUAAAAACCAUUUAAAACAAUGGGUUAAACAUGGGUUACAUCUCCGCAGACCUCAAUAUGGACUUAGAUACCCAUGCAAUUCAGGAUGACAUUCUAGGGGUUCGGAUAAGUGUAUUCUUUCCCACUCAAUGUGUUCUUAUUAUUGUUUAUUUGUUGUAUUUAUAUCUCGCCCUUUUCCCCAAGGAGCUCAAGGUGGUGCCCAUGGUUCUCCUCCUGCUCCUCAUUUAAUCCUCACAACAGCCCUUUGAGGUAGGCUAAGCUGUCAGGCAGUGACUGGCCCUGAAGGCUACGCCUGGUGAACCCCAUGGCCAAGUGGGAGGAUAUGAACCCUGGUCUCUCCCAGGUCUCAGUCCUACCUGCUAAAGCAGUGUUCAAAGUGUUGCUGCUGACCUUGAAAGCCCUAAAUGGCCUCGGCCCAGUAUACCUGAAGGAGCGUCUCCACCCCCAUCAUUUAGCCCGGACACUGAGGUCCAGCUCCGAGGGCCUUCUGGUGGUUCCCUCCCUGCGAGAAGCCAAGUUACAGGGAACCAGGCAGAGGGCCUUCUCGGUGGUGGCGCCCGCCCUGUGGAACGCCCUCCCAUCAGAUGUGAAAGCGAUAAACAACUAUCUGACAUUUAGAAGACAUCUGAAGGCAGCCCUGUUCAGGGAAGUUUUUAAUGUGUGACAUUUUAGUGUAUUUUUGGUCUCUGUGGAAGCCGCCCAGAGUGGCUGGGGAAACCCAGCCAGAUGGGCGGGGUAUAAAUAAUAAAUUAUUGUUAUUAUUAUUAUUAUUAUUAUUAUUAUUGCAGUGGCUCUCAAACUCAGACACCAGCUCGCUUCCAUAAACUCAUGCCCCAGAGCCCCACCCACCCUAUAAAAAGCAUUAUUCAAAAUAGCAGAUUCCACGACCCACUGAGUAAGAUAAUAGCCCAAUAAAAUUCAAAGCAGGGAAGAUUAAUUGCAUCUUUAUUCGGGUUCCAAUCUAAACGAUGUAGUUUAACUAAUACAAUAGCACAGAUGAACUCAGUCGAGCGGCCCCCGUCUUUCAAAAUCUGACAGUCAUUUAGCAAGAGUCUUAACAUUCCACAUUAUUGGGGACUAACUCCCUACUCAGCACAUUCUCAAUGCAAUGGGUGGCCUUGAUGAAGUGAUAACCCGCCGCUUCAGCAGGGUUCUUCCCAUCACCUCCUGGCAAAUAGAAGGGGAAGAAAUGGAGGCAGUGAGAGAUUUUACUUUCUUGGGCUCCAUGAUCACUGCAGAUGGUGACAGCAGCCACGAAAUUAAAAGACGCCUGCUUCUUGGGAGAAAAGCAAUGACAAACCUAGACAGCAUCUUAAAAAGCAAAGACAUCACCUUGCCAACAAAGGCCCGUAUAGUCAAAGCGAUGGUUUUCCCAGUAGUGAUGUAUGGAAGUGAGAGCUGGACCAUAAAGAAGGCUGAUCGCCAAAGAAUUGAUGCUUUUGAAUUCUGGUGCUGGAGGAGACUCUUGAGAGUCCCAUGGACUGCAAGAAGACCAAAGAUUCUUAAGAAAAUCAGCCAGUGCUCACUGGAAGGACAGAUCCUGAAGCUGAGGCUCAAGGACUUUGGCCACCUCAUGAGAAGAGAAGACUCCCUGGAAAAGACCCUGAUGUUGGGAAAGAUGGAGGGCACAAGGAGAAGGGGACGACAGAGGACGAGAUGGUUGGACAGUGUUCUCGAAGCUGCUAACAUGAGUUUGACCAAACUGCGGGAGGCAGUGGAAGACAGGAGGGCCUGUCGUGCUCUGGUCCAGGGGGUCACGAAGAGUCGGACACCACUAAACGACUAAAGAACAACAAAGCAGGGUUCUUAAAUCACCACUUCCAGCGCCCCUCGGUUAAUCCCGCCCCCGCCCCCAGGGGGCGCCACGGCCCACUUUGCGAACCCCCACUCUGACCACCGCACAGCACUGGCACCGCCCUCCUUUCAGAUGCCACAAGACUCUUCCACCUGCGUGGGCACAGGAGCGCCCCGUGCCCGUGCGCCAAGACGCACGCAGGCGCUGCUUCCCGUGCCAGGGCGCAGGGAUCAUUCCCUAGCCUCUGCCAAGUUGCCACCCCCCCCCCGCCUCACCCCCGGUGCCCUGAGCACAGACAGAGCCCUGGAGAGGCUCCAGCUGGAGCUUCGUGGCGGGGGGGGGGCAGCCUGCCUUUGAGAGCCCCUCCUUUUUCCAGCUGGGGUGGAGCUCCAACUUUAUUUCCUUCUCUCCAGGACAUGCCCUGAUCCCGCUUCCCUCUGCCCCUUCCUGCCCCCCAGCCUCCCUGCCUCCCCCCCCAACUUCUCCCUCCCUUAUUUCGUCCAUCCUCUUAUUUGCUUCCAACUUCCAGGAGAAGCGGGUCAGAAGAAGGGUCUCCGCUGCCAUCCAUGGAGCGCCCGGUCGGUGCCACCCGCUUGCCACCCUCCGGCUUGGCUGAUGCCCUCCUCUGCUGACUCCGGAGCUGGGCGAUCCUGGACCUCUCCGCCCCAGCACCCAUCGGCCGCUCGAGCAGAUCCAGGACGAAGAGGAUGCCAGUCCCUGGGUACCUGGUGGCAAUCGCCCUCUUGUGCGCUCAGGUAAAGAGAGCCUCUGGGUGGGGUCUGGAGGAGGAGGGAAAGGCGCGGGGGUCUCUUCCAGGGCUCGGGGCUCCUGCAUGCCCUCUUCAAAAAGUGGAAAAGGGAAGAAAAAGACCAACCUUCUUCCCAGCACGAAGGUCUUGCCAUGUGUCCAAAGAAGCUUCGCCUCGCUGUUGCCGUGGGCAGAGCCAGCGGGAGACGGGUGUUAAAUUCCCUUGAACUAUCCAGCCUUGCGUAUUUUUAAAAAAUGCAUCUGGGGGUGCAGAGAGUUUGGAAGGAGGCAAGAAACUAUUUCUGUCCCAGGCGGAGCGCGCCGUGGUCCUUGCAAAGCGGGGGAUUUUUUGGCAGCAGGGGCACAGAUUACUUCUCCGUAUGGGGAUGAAUCAACCCGGCGGGCGUUCAUUAGCGAAGGUUUUUUGUAUUUAUUAGACAUUAUUAAUUUUAUCGCUUCUACUUAUGAGCCUCCAGCGAAGGGCAGCUCUGCCCCUGUCCCGUCCAGAGGGUAUUUCUCGUGUUGAGCUUGAAUUCGCCCUUUCUUGUUUGGUUUGGGUCCUGUCCUCUGGAUCAGCCGAAACGAGAUGCGCUCCAUCGUCUAAGGCAGCGACAGCCAAAUAAGCCAAAUUAAAAGUAGGGGAAAAUAUGGCACACCGCCGCGCCCCAGUAAUAUCCCUAGAGGCGGCAGAGAAACCAACAAACCCAGUGGAGGUAAAACAGCUCGAAUUGAUUCGGAAGCCUGAGAAAAGGAGAAGGUCUUUGCCUUAAAUAUAUAUAUUUAUUUAUUGUUAUUUAUUUACCAUAUUUCUGUCCCACCUGUUUCUCUGAGGAGCUCCGCCUGCAUCCCUCCCGUCCUCAUUUAAUCCCCACAACAACCCCGCGGGGUAGGUUAGGCUGAGAGGCAGCGACACGGUCGAGUGGGGGAUUCUAACCACUAGGCAAUGCUAUUAAUUUAUUUAAGAAAUUCCGGGCAAGACUCUCUCUGCACGUGGACAUGCGCACGUUCAAAAGCAUGGCGAGACGAGCUGUAGCCUGUAAAUAAAUGAAUUAACGCCGUUUUGCCCAGAUAUUUAGAAAGCUGGUGAGAGUUUUAAUCUGUUUUUAGCCUGUUCAACUUUUUGAAAGAAUUAUUGUCGUCAGUUCUUCUUAUUGCUAAUUUCAUUGGGUUGGUUUUUUUUUUUUUUGCAAACUGCUGUCGAUCUCUCUUUUUUUAAUACAAUUAAACGGUGUAUAAAUUUUAUGGAAUAAUAAAAUGCAUAAAAUGAUUAUAGACAAUUUUUGGCCCCGAAAAACAGCCGAUUGAUUCGCUUGAGCUGAAGCUAACUUUUAAUUGUCUUGUAGCGGUGGACUGCCAUCUAGUGGCUAUCCCUGGUACGGCAGCUUCUAGAUAGUUUUAAAAGAACUGCUUUAGAAUUAAGGCCUACCUACAAGAAAACAUCAAAUAUUUAAAACUUCCCUACACAGGGCUGCCUUGAGGUGCCUUCUAAAAGUCAUGCACAGUGGUACCUUGAUUCUCAAACUUAAUCCGUUACAGAAGUCCGUUCCAAAACCAAAGCGUUCCAAAACCAAGGCGUGCUUUCCUAUAGAAAGUAAUGCAAAACGGAUUAACACACUCCAUACUUUUAUAAACAACCCCACAAACAGCAGUUUAACAUGAAUUUUACUAUCUAGCGAGACCAUUGAUCCAUAAAAGGAAAGCAAUAAACAAUGUACUGCAGUCACACGAUCAAUCAGUUAGUAGCUGAUUUGGGUUCCACACAGUCACAAAACAAAAACAAAAAAGCCACAAAAAUGCAAAAUAGCAGAAACAGACAGACCUCAGCGUAACACUCAAAUCAGAAGCGUAACACUCAAAACGGAGCACAUUUGGCUUCCGAAAAAAGUCCGCAAACCAGAACACUUACUUCCAGCUUUGCAGUGUUUGGGUUCCAAGUCGUUUGAGUAUCAAGGCGUUUGAGAACCCAGGUGCCACUGUAGUUGUUUAUUUCCUUGACAUCUUGUGGGAGGGUGUUCCACAGGGAGGGCGCCACCACCGAGAAGGCCCUGUGCCUGGUUCCCUGUAACUUGGCUUCUCACAGUAAGGGAACCGCCAGAAGGCUCUCUGUGCUGGACCUCAGUGUACUAUCACAGACCCCACCCAAAGGUUCUCCUUUCUAACUGGUCCUCCCUUCACUUACAGCCGGUGUUGACUUCCGAGCAGCCAGCAGGAGGUGAGUUUCUUGUCCCCACCUUCCCCUUUCUGAAAAACUCACUGCCUUCCCCACGUGGAAAAGCCACAACCUUCCGAACUGCAAAGUUUGCACCCAGUGGCAAAGAGCGUUUUGUUUGCCAGCUACAACCCCUUUUGGACAGAGAUGACUUGGCCACUGAACUCCAGGCACUGGUAACUUUCAGGCCGGAUCACUGCAAUGUGCUCCACAUGGGGUUUUCAGUCGGUCCAAAAUGGAAAUGUCAGUUGGUCCAAAAUGCUUUGGCCAGAUUACUGGCUGGAGUUCCAUUUAGAUUUUAUAAAAAGGUAAAAGUAAAGGGGGACGCGGGUGGCACUGUGGGUUAAACCACUUAGUCUUGGCUUGCCGAUCAGAAGGUUGGCGGUUCGAAUCCCUGCGACAGGGUGAGCUCCUGUUGCUCGGUCCCUGCUCCUGCCAACCUAGCAGUUCGAAAGCAUGUCAAAGUGCAAGUAGAUAAAUAGGUACCACUCCAGCGGGAAGGUAAACGGCGUUUCCGUGCGCUGCUCUGGUUCGCCAGAAGCGGCUUAGUCAUGCUGGCCACAUGACCCGGAAGCUGUACACCGGCUCCCUCGGCCAGUAAAGCGAGAUGAGCGCCGCAACCCCAGAGUUGGCCACGACUGGACCUAAUGGUCAAGGGUCCCUUUAACUUUACUUUUAAUAGGUAUCUCAGGCCAUUUGCACAUGCAGAAUGUCGGCACCCUAUGUAUAGAAAGGAGCAAACCAGUGAUAUUUGAGGGAGCAGACGGGGCCCAUUGCCUACAUCACAGGAGCCUACACAACACAAAACACUGUUGCUGUAUGUAGGUUUUAUUUUAUUUGUUUUGUAUCUUAUAUUUUGGAAAUGUACAUCCAGGUUUUUUCCUUUAAAUUUCUUUGGGGCCCCCAAGAGUUGGGGCCCUAAGCUAGAGCUUAUUUAGCUUAUAUACCGUAUUUUUCGUUCUAUAAGACGCACCAGACCACAAGACGCACCUAGUUUUUGGAGAAGGAAAACAAGGGGAAAAAAUUUCUGAAUCUCAGAAGCCAGAAGAGCAAGAGGGAUCGCUGUGCAGUAAAAGCAGCAAUCCCUCUUGCUGUUCUGGCUUCUGGGAUAGCUACGCAGCCUGCAUUCGCUCCAUAAGACGCACACAAAGUUCCCCUUACCUUUUAGGAGGGAAAAAGUGAGUCUUAUAGAGCAAAAAAAUAUGGUACGUAAAUCCAGCACUGUCCCCGGGGCUCAAGCCUGGGCAGCGUGUCUCACUUCUCGUAGCGAGGGAACCGCCAGAAGGCCCUCAGAGCUGGACCUCAGUGUCUGGGCUGAUCUAUGGGGGUGGAGAUGCUCCUUCAGGUAUACUGGGCCGAGGCUGUUUAGGGCUUUAAAGGUCAGCCCCAACACUUUUGAUUGUGCUCAGAAACAUACUGGGAGCCAAUGCAAAAGUUACUAUUUACAACACAACUUCUCACUCUCAGCACUCCUCAGAACUAACCACACCUCUCCCAGUCACCAGUCUAGCUGCCGCAUUCUGGAUUAGUUGCAGUUUCCGGGUCACCUUCAAAGGUAGCCCCACAUAGAGCGCAUUGCAGUAGUCCAAGCGGGAGAUAACCAGAGCAUGCACCACUCUGGCAAGACAGUAUGCGGGCUGGGAGGGUCUCAUCCUGCGUACCAGAUGGAGCUGAUAAACAGCUACCCUGGACACAAUUGACCUGCACCUCCAUGGACAGCUGUGAGUCCAGAAUGACUCCCAGGCUGCGCACCUGGUCCUUCAGGGGCACAGUUGCCCCAUUCAGGACCAGGGAGUCCUCCACACCCGCCCGCCUCCUGUCCCCCCAAAACAGUCCUUCUGUCUUGUUAGGAUUCAACCUCAAUCUGUUAGCCGCCAUCCAUCCCCCAACUGCCUCCAGACACUCACACAGGACCUUCACUGGUUCUGAUUUAAGAGAGAGGUAGAGCUGGGUAUCAUCUGCAUAUUGAUGGACACCCAGCCCAAACCCCCUGAUGAUCUCUCCCAGAAGCUUCAUAUAGAUAUUGACUGUAUGUUCUGCAGUGGUGCCCUUUGAGGAGGUCUGGAGCCGCAGCUACUGCCGAGCCCGGGAGACCCUGGUGGACAUCCUGAGUGAAUUCCCCCACGAGGCUGAGCACAUCUUCAAGCCCCCCUGCGUCCCCCUCUGGAGAUGUGCCGGUUGCUGUGGGGACGAGAGCCUGGAGUGCAUCGCUGUGGAGACCCGGACCAUCGACUUGCAGGUGCGCCAGUGGGGAAAGGGCUGCUGCCCUGGGUCCGAGAAACAAAGAGGCAUCACGGAAUUGUAGAGUUCAAAGGGACCCCCAAAGGUCAUCCAGCUCAACCCGCUGCAAAGCAGGAAUCGCAACUUUAGCCCUUCCUUAACGUCAUCACCUUUCAAAGCUCUGGUGGUGUUCCCUCAACCUCACUCCACUUAUUGCAGAAACUGGGGUCUGCUCAGGGUCCCAGACUCAUAGUUCCUUCGUUACAUGUAAAACCAGAGGCACAUUUAAUGCUCAUAGUACUGUAGGGCUGGAAGGGUCCCCUAGGGGUCAUGUGGCCGAACCCCCAGUCAAUGUAGGGAUCACAACUAAAGAACUCAUGGCAGAUGAACCUCCCAAGUCUUACAAGGAACGGUUGAGGUAGCUGAGCCUGGAAAAGAGGAGACUGAAAGGUGAUAUGAUAGCCAUCUUUGCAUGUCUGAAGGGCUGUCCCAUGGAAGAGGGAACUAGCUUGUUUUCUCCUGCUCCAGAGGUUAGGACUCGAACCCAUAGCUUCGAGAUACAAGACAGGAGAUUCCGACUAAACCUUAGGCAAGAUGGUAAAGAGCUGUUCAACACCUCAGAAGGCGAUGGAUUCUCCUUCACUGGAGGUUUUUAAGCAGUGGCCGGAUGGCCAUCAGUCAUGAAUGCUUUAGUAGAGAUUCCUGCAUUGCAGCGGGUUGGACUAGAUGACCCUCGGUUGCCCCUUCCAAUUCUCUGAUUCCACGAUGGAUGCCAAUGGGUCGAAUCCGUAUGACUAACAUUGGAUCUGACCCAGGAUUUGGCGAGACGCCUAGCAGGCACGCGAGGGUAUGUCUGGCUGGAUGAGGCCCAAAGUUCAGUCUGCCCCAGCACACUGUCUCCGCCAUAGCUGUCAACCAUCCCUUAUUUGGAGGGAAACUUCUUUAUCCCAGCGCUGUGUUCCGCUGCUGUCCUGGAUUGAUGAUGUCCCUUAAAUUUCCCGGGUUUCAAAGGAAGCAGCUCCUCUCCCUCCCUCCCUGCCGGCCAGGGAGGAGGGAGGCUCCAUCUGUGUUGCUUGGCUGCGUUGCUCACCCAGUAAGGAGUCUAAGAACGACUGGGGGGUGGAGCUUGCAUGCCUUGUGCCAAUCAAAUCGGCCACAUUGCCUGGGGACUUGCCUUUGCUCAGCGCUUCCCAGCAGAGAGGUGACGGUGGUUUUCCUUGCUGCAUCCCCUUUGCCGGGUUGCUGCACUGUGGGAACCACCGCUUGAGGCUUUGUUUGGCUGCUGGCUGGGCUUUCUGCCUUUGGCUCGGAGGGGCUCAGAAGUUGAACAUACUUGUGCUUGGAAAAUCCCUUAUUUUGGCUGCUGAUCCCUUAUUUUCGAGGCUGCUGGUCCCUUAUUUUCAAAUCUGUAAGUUGACAGCUAUGGUCUCUGCCAUCUAGUGGGGCAGGUGCCCGGGGAGGACGGGAGCUGGAGUGGGUGCAGGUGGUGGAAGGUGACGUGUCCCCCUUCCCCCUUGGCAGGUGGUCCGAGUGAGCCCCAUCCUGGGCACGACUCAGCAGGAAGAAAUGAAGUUCGUGGAGCACACCCGCUGCUCUUGCAGGUGAGACGAAGGCCAAGCAGGAGCCAGCUGGGAGGUUUGGCGGGGAGGGUCUGCAGUUGGAUAUCGGGGGGUGGCAUAAAGUGUUAACUUUCACGCCACAGCUCAUUCUCUCUGCACCCCAGAGCCUAUUUUCCAAACCACAGCUCAUCCCUAUAAUGUAUGGUGCACUUGUAAAAGUGCCCCUGAGCACGUGCAGAGUGUUUCCCCUCUCUCUCUCUCCCAUAUUUACCCAUUCCCUUAAUUUUAGAAAAUGUGCAUUUGGGACUCUUCGGGGGGGGAGAGGAAGGAGUGAUAUGGUUGAAGUUUAUAAAUAAGUAUGGUAUCGGAUAAUCUGAAAGCUCAACUAAAAACUCAGGAAGUGGACAAAUUGAUGCAGAAUGUAGAGAAGGAUCUAAAGACCUUCACGGAGGAGGUCAGGUAAUUGAAAGCGCAGAAAUUCAACGGGGACAAAAAUGAUUAUGCUCACAACAACGUAUUGUAGCACCCUGCUUGUGGUUAACGCUUAGCUGGAAUGAAAUAUUCAAGGCAGCAAUAGAGAAAUUAAAAUAAUAAUUUAUUUGUCAGACAAAUAAAUGAGAGACACAGUGGUAUAUGGAUAUCAAAGCUCUGCCUACUCCAGCCCUGAUGGCCAGCACUUAUAUUUCCUCAGCCCAGCCCCCUUGCUCCUCCUUUGGCUGCCUCUGUCCAAUCAGCCUGGUUGAAAUUCCUAUUGGCUGUUUGCUAGAACCAAUCAUAAAAGAUACACCCAUUUCCUAUUACCUUUUAUGGGAGACAAAGAGCUAUAUUUACUUCUAUCCAUAAAUGGCAGACAAGUAGCCAUAUAUCUUACAUUUGCCUCGACCAGGCACCUUAAUUAUCAGAUCAUCUUUGCCCUAUUGCCCUAUUGCCCUAUUCACUCCAAAACAGAUGGCUAAUGGUUUUAAUUUUUAUCUUAAACAGAGAUCUUGGGUUCACCUUCUCACACACCAUCAAUGAAAUAAGAAUCUAACAUAAGAAUCUAACAUUUCUUACUUUCUAAAUCCUUUGCAUAAUUACAUUUAAGCCAAUAUAUUUCAUACAUAACAUAUAUAGAUUUUUAGAAGAAAAGGCCUUUUCAAAGUAAAAACAGUUUCCAAAAGCAACCCCUUUCAAGCCAGCUGCUGUUCCCAUUAGCUCUUGCCCUUUAACCUUAGGAAAAUAUGACUCGAGUCUUCUGUUAAACAAUAAAACUUACUAUUUACCAACUCUUAAUUAGUGUUUUUUGCAGCUUGAUUGUAUUCUGUAAUUUGUAUGGUCAGUGUGACCUUUUGCUCCCAGCCUGUAAUUUCCUUUUACAACCCUGAGGCACUGCUAUAGAUCAGAGGGGCCCUGUUUAGGAAGAUAAACAUCUGCCAAAGCACCCAGCCAGCUGCUUUAUGCCUGGCAUAAAACAUACAAACAUUUGCAAAUAUAUUUUUUAAGCUCAUUUUAAAAUGCAGGCCUUGAUCUGAUGCCUCAGUAUAUUGGUGGUUCAGUGACAAUGAUAAAAACAAGAACAAACAGACUAGAAGAUGUGCUGGUGGUAUUACGCCACGUGAUUUCCCUAGUGACUGUGAUUCCAUUGGUGCCUCCAGUCACAGUGACAUGGAGAGAGAUAGGGAGUUGCAGCUUAGAUCCAGUAGGCGCUGUCCGGGUUUUCGCAAGGGCCAGAUGACAUGUCCUCACAGGAGAAAAGGAUUUCAACAGAAUCACUCGUUGUUAAUUUGUCUUCUCAUAAUUUAACUAGAGCAGAAUUAAGUAUAUUAAAGCCCUAAACGGCCUAGGACCCUCGUACCUACGGGACUGCCUCUCCUGGUAUGUCCCACAGAGGACCUUACGGUCUUCAAACAAAAACAUCUUGGAGGUCCCGGGCCACAGGGAGGUUAGGCUGGCCUCAACCAGAGUCAGGGCCUUUUCAGUACUGGCCCCGAUCUGGUGGAACGCUCUGUCACAAGAGACUAGGGCCGUGCAGGACUUGACAUCUUUCCGCAGGGCCUGCAAGACGGAGCUGUUCCACCAGGCCUUUGGCCAAGGCACAGUCUGACCCCCUCCUUUGGUAAUCCUCACAGAACUCUAGCCCAAUGGUUGCCAUUAAUUCGAUUUGAACUGAUUUUAUAAUGAACUGAUUUUAGAAUGUUGUAUUAUUUUACUGUUGUUAGCUGCUCUGAGCCUGGCUUCGGCUGGGGAGGGCGGGAUAUAAAUAAAAUUUUAUUAUUAUUAUUAUUGAGAAAGGAUUGGGUUUUGUACCCACACCAGGCUAUUCUGCCUUCCAAACUCGUGUAGAUAUUCAUAAGAUCAUUCGUCAAAUCACACUUAGAUCAUGUUUUGCAUGUAUGGCAUGGAGAAAGUGGCAAUUUCUCGUCUCCCUCGCUCAUAAGACUAGAACUCAUGGACAUAUAAUGAAGCUGGAAAUUCAGGACAGAUAUAGGAAAGGGCUCCUUUCACACAGCACAGAGUUAGACCAUGGAACUCACUGCCACAGGAAGCAGGGAUGGCCACCCGCUUGGAGGGCUUUAGAAGAGGAAGAGACAAAUUCAUGGAGGAUGCUGGACUAGUUGGGCCAUUGGCCUGAUCCAACAGCCAGGCUCUUCUUAGGUCCUUGUGGAACCUCCAGCUGCAGCAGCAGUCUAUCUACAUUCCUAGGUUCUUAGGGAUAUUUGGCCACUUUGAAAACAGGAUGCCGGACUGGGUGCUUUUUCUACAGGAGGCACACACAGCAGAUCAGCUUCAACCAAUCCAUCCGCUUCCGCUUGUGUAAAUAUAUGUUUUCCUCUUUUUCCAGGCCUCGGCGGAAACGUUUGAAAGGCGAGAGGUAAGUGGUAUAUAAUAAUAAUAAUAAUAAUAAUAAUAAUAAUAAUAAUAAUUUAUUAUUUAUACCCUGCCCAUCUGGCUGGGUUUCCCCAGCCACUCUGGCCGGCUUCCAACGGAAUACUAAAAUACAAUAAUCUAUUAAACAUUAAAAGCUUCCUUAAACAGGACUGCCUUCAGAUGUCUUCUAAAAGUCUGGUAGUUGUUGUUUUUCUCUUUGUGGGGGGGCGUUCCACAGGGCGGGCGCCACCACCGAGAAGGCCCUCUGCCUGGUUCCCUGUAACUUGGCUUCUCGCAGCGAGGGAACGGCCAGAACAGCAGAACUAACCAUGAAAACUCUUUAAAACAUUCGGAAGAUAAAAUAAACAAUGAAAACAUGCAUCAACAUCUAUUUGCCUGGUGCCAGAGUGCAGGUGCUGCCACACUAAAACACUGACUUCUUACAAAUGUGGAAUGGGGUCUUAUGUGGCAGCUGGAACAGGGCCACUUCCAUAGAUCGAAGCGGUUGAGGGGGAGGUACUUGGAAUAAGGAGAUCUCACAGGUGAACUGGUGCCAAAUUGUUCAGGGCUUUAUAUAUUAAUAGCAGCACCUUGACUGUGGCCAUUGGGAAGCAGAGCAGAUCUCUGAGCACAGGUGUUGCCUAGGCUAGCUUCCUGCCCAGGGCCAGAUUUAGAUUUGAUGAGGCCCUAAGCUCCUGAAGGUAAUGGGGCCCUUUAUAUGUCCAGCUGUACUUUGCCAACAACAAAUUGUCACUGUUUUUUUGUGUUGAAUAUAUGCAAUAUGGUAAAUUAUGGACCUAAUAGGUAUCUAAAGGGACACGGGUGGCGCUGUGGGUUAAAGCACAGAGCCUAGGACUUGCUGAUCAGAAGGUCGGCGGUUCGAAUCCCCGCAACGGGGUGAGCUCCCGUUGCUCUGUCCCUGCUCCUGCCAACCUAGCAGUUCGAAAGCACGUCCAAGUGCAAGUAGAUAAAUAGGUACCACUUCGGCGGGAAGGUAAACGGUGUUUCCGUGUGCUGCUCUGGUUCGCCAGAAGCGGCUUAGUCAUGCUGGCCACAGGAGGUUAAGGGGUGAUAUGAUAGCCAUGUUCAAAUAUAUAAAAGGAUGUCACAUAGAGGAGGGAGAAAGGUUGUUUUCUGCUGCUCCAGUGAAGCGGACACAGAGCAAUGGAUCCAAACUACAAGAAAGAAGAUUCCACCUAAACAUUAGGAAGAACUUCCUGACAGUAAGAGCUGUUCGACAGUGGAAUUUGCUGCCAAGGAGUGUGGUGGUGUCUCCUUCUUUGGAGGUCUUUAAGCAGAGGCUUGACAACCAUAUGUCAGGAGUGCUCUGAUGGUGUUUCCUGCUUGGCAGGGGGUUGGACUCGAUGGCCCUUGUGGUCUCUUCCAACUCUAUGAUUCUAUGAUUCUAUGACCCGGAAGCUGUACACCGGCUCCCUCGGCCAGGAAAACAAGAUGAGCACUGCAACCCCAGAGUCGGUCACGACUGGACCUAAUGGUCAGGGGUCCCUUUACCUUUACCUUUAAUAGGUAUCUAAAGCCAUUUGCCGGGGACGCGGGUGGCGCUGUGGGUAAAACCUCAGCGCCUAGGACUUGCCGAUCGUAUGGUCGGCGGUUCAAAUCCCCGCGGCGGGGUGCGCUCCUGUCGUUCGGUCCCAGCGCCUGCCAACCUAGCAGUUCGAAAGCACCCUCGGGUGCAAGUAGAUAAAUAGGGAUCGCUUACCAGCAGGAAGGUAAACGGCGUUCCGUGUGCUGCGCUGGCUCUCGGAUGCAGAUGCAGCUUGUCACACUGGCCACGUGACCCGGAAGUGUCUGCGGACAGCGCUGGCUCCCGGCUUAUAGAGUGAGAUGAGCGCACAACCCUAGAGUCUGGCAAGACUGGCCCGUACGGGCAGGGGUACCUUUACCUUUAAAGCCAUUUGCACAUAACAAAAGCAAUUGAUAUAGAAAUGAGCAAACCAGCGAUAUUUUAGUUGUUUAGUCGUGUCCGACUCUUCGUGACCCCCUGGACCAGAGCACGCCAGGCCCUCCUGUCUUCCACUGCCUCCCGCAGUUUGGUCAAACUCAUGCUGAUAGCUUCGAGUACACUGUCCAACCAUCUCGUCCUCUGUCGUCCCCUUCUCCAUGUGCCCUCCAUCUUUCCCAACACCAGGGUCUUUUCCAGGGAGUCUUCUCUUCUCAUGAGGUGGCCAAAGUCUUGGAGCCUCAGCUUCAGGAUCUGUCCUUUAGUGAGCACUCAGGGCUGAUUUCCUUCAGAAUGGAGAGGUUUGAUCUUCUCGCAGUCCAUGGGACUCUCAAGAGUCUCCUCCAGCACCGCAAUUCAAAAGCAUCCAUUCUUCGGCGAUCAGCCUUCUUUAUGGUCCAGCUCUCACUUCCAUACGUCACUACUGGGAAAACCAUAGCUUGAACUAUGCGGACCUUUGUCGGCAAGGCGAUGUCUCUGCUUUUUAGGAUGCUGUCUAGGUUUGUCAUAGCUUUUCUCCUAAGAAUCAGGCAUCUUUUAAUUUCGUGACUUACAUCACAGGAACCUACAUAACACAAAACACUGUUGCUGUAUGUAGGUUUCAUUUUAUUUGUUUUUUAUCUUAUAUUUUGGAAAUGUACAUCCAUUUUCUUUUUCCUUUAAAUUUUUUGGGGGCCCCCAAGAGGGUGGGGCCCUAAGCUAUAGCUUCUUUAGUUUAUAUGUAAAUCCAGCACUGUUCCUGCCAGCAGAUGUGCUGCAGCGUUCUGGAUCAGUUGCAAGAGAAAGUAGAGUGCAACUGCGGUAAUCCAGUUUUGAUGAAUCCAACGCAUGAAUCACUGUGGGGGGAGUGAAGCUGCCUUUCUUGCCCCCUAGAGACACCUCGGUGCUCCCAAUUCACCAGGGACAACCCCAGUUUCCCCAUCUCUGUAGAUGCCUCCUUAGAAACAGCUGGGUCGCUGGAUUUACCUGUCUCUCCAGGGACAUCCCAAAUGCCGUUAGGGAGUUAUUUUUAUAUGCAACGGCUGCAGCUCGGACUUUGGUGGCAAAGGGGUGGAAGGAAGAAGAAGUCCCGACAAUAACAGAUUGGCAUAACAAGCUACAAGAAUUUGCUGAAAUGGCGCAGUUGACAAAUAGCCUGAGAGGCAAUUCAAAACAAAAAUUUAUGGAACAGUGGGAUAGAUAUAAAACAUAUGUUCAAAAAUACAGCAAAGUUUUGCUAUCUAUGCUAGCAUUUGAUUGACGUUGGAGAGAGACUGAGUUGAGAAAUAAGACCAAGGGUACAUAUUGAUAUAGGAAUGUAUUAGACAAAAUGUAAAGAAAUAUACAAUAAUAAGAGUACAUUCAAUUGUAAAAAAGGAAUAUACAGCGGGAUAGACAGGAAGUCCGAAGUGUUGGUACAGAUAUGACUUUUUUGUCCUUGUUUUUUUCUUUUCUUCCUUUUUUGUUAUCUUUUGGUAUAUAAACUUUGUUUAUAAAUUUUGUAUACAUGUUGAAAGUUAUAUGAUAAUAAGCAUUGUACUGUGAUGUGAUAUUCUUUACCGAUGUAACAUAAGAACGUUAAUAAAUAAAUAAAAUUGCCAAAAAAGAUAAAAAAGAUUUACCUGUCUCUCCUUUCCCCAGAAGCCACCGGAUUGGGGCCAAGAGGAGACCCCGGGAGCCAAGCCUGACGCCUUUCACGCCAAUGUAGGUACACGAGAGCACCAUGUCUGCGUGGCAGUUGGCAACAAUAGGAAAGAGGCCUUAGCCUUAGCCUCCCUCCCUCUGGGGGGAGAGAUUGCCUACAUUUAAUGCAAAAGCCUGGCAUUUCCAAAUUAAAAACAAAGGUCCAUUGGGAGAACGUGAAGGGAAAGACUGAGAGCGGCUGCCAGCCAGAGUAGACGACAUGGUUAGAUGGACCAACGCUCUGACCCAGGUGGUUUCAUAACAUUAUUCCUUACCUGUAAAGCUUCUCAGGUGUCCUAGGAGAUUGAAAGGUCAGGCAAGCCUUGCCUGCAGGCUCUCAAUCGAAAAGGCGCAAGAGGAAAGAGGAAUGGGGAGGGCAGUGGAAAAGUAGCGAGCACAGUUGCCAAUGCUUGAAGUUACAUACUCAGAGCAGUGCAAUCUGAUUUGGAGGAGCACCAUGUUUUUACACGCAUAUUUCACACCCGACCAGCACCCCUUAGUUCUAGAUGGUGGAUGGGGCCAGAGCAUAACCCCACCCCCUCUGGCUUCGGGAUGGAGGGAGGGAGAGAGGGCAAUGUUACGAUAGGGUUAGCAAUGUCCUGAGCUGCCUGUAGGUGCCGCUGUUGCUUCAGCCCUGGCGUAAGGAGCACCAUAAGGUACGUUCCUAUUUAAAUCAGCCCUUUAUCUGCCCAAUUCUCCUCUCCUGCAGUGCAGAAUUCUGGAAAGUCAGCAGGUCUGCUGGGGACUGGCACCUUCAGACCUCUCCAGUGUAAUAAACAAAAAUCUGCCCUUAUUCCCUUAUGGGGAGCACAAGAGCCCUUACAGAGUCCUUUGUAGGUUCUCCAUCGGUCGGAGAAAAGAACAGAGGCCAACCAGAGAAUAUUGAGAAGCAAAGCGGCUAGUAAGCCUGAUCUUUAUUGAACUGUUGCAACAGGGUGCCCCCUUCACACUCAGGAGAAGGACCCAGAACCAAGAUGUACCUGCCCUUAUAUAGACAUUUUAAAUUGCCAGCCCUGGAGUCCAAGACCACCACCAGAAACAUCAUACAUACAUCACAGAAAGGGCGGUCUACAACAGAAAUCUGAGUGUGCUGUUUUACCUCCUGUCUGGCAGGUUACCUGUUAAUGCUCACUUGAUUGGAUACCCUGGGGAGCCUGGCCAGUCUUUUGUAAUGAUAAAUACUUAGUUCCUGAGCCAGCUCACAGGCUCACCCUAUUCAUACACAGACAUACCCUUAAGACAGGAUUUGUGAAGGAAAGGACAAUGGGGAGGCUUGUCCAUUUUCCUUUGACCUUGCAAGGGAAAUCAUUUGCUCAUUUUGGGAGUCAAAAUGGUUUUCAGGGCUGUUUUCCUGUGCUGCUUCAGGCAUGUGGUUUAUAUCAUUAUGUACGUGUUUGCUUGGUACAUUUAUGAACAUUUAUUUUAUAUAUAAGACCUUAAUUUUUUUAUUUCACCAGCAUCACCCCCCCAAACCUGUUGCGUGUGGUUUUAUUUCAGCAGCUGCAAACUCCCCGGUGCGGGGAGACCAGAGGCCCAGCACAGAGACCAAGAAGAAGCCAAGAAUUUGCCCCUGUCCGAGAGAGACAUUCCUGUCUGAAGUCCGGACGCAGGCAGGGCUGCCUCGCUCCCAGCUGCCCAUGCAAGAAUGGCGGACAGAAAAAUCCCUGCAAGGCCCAGUCUGGGGGCUGCCCUCCGUGGGGUCUGGGGUCAGGGGCUGCCCUUUUCUGGACGCUGAUGGGAUCGGGAGACCCUCCAUCUGCAGAGGGGUGGGGCAGACGUCCGCUGACUAUCCAUUAAAGAGUCCUGCUCCCUGACUGGUCCCCAGAUAUGUCUUACAGACUUCCCUGAUCUGGUCCCUGCCAGCUGUUUUGAACUCAGAACUCCAAAGAGAGCACCAGGUUGGGGUGGCCAGACCAUGGCAUGCCUACGUGUUUCCCCCUUCGUCUGUUGACCCAACAAGGCACGUUCUGUUUCUGCACUAAAAAAGGGCCUUUUGCAAAGCAUUCCUGCCCUCCACCCCAUCAUUGCCUCCCUCCCUCCCUCUUUUAUUUAUGACGCCUCGUUCUUAGGUCUGAAACACACGUCUGGUCCAGGCAUGCGUCUCGCGUGUGGCUGUAUGUGUGGAAGUGAGUGUUUGUGUGUUCACCCAAAAGACGUUGCAUUGGCUCCCGUGCGCUCCUAGCACGAAAGAAGCCACAGCUUUUUGCAAAUGUUGUGUUUUUAAAACAGUGUUUUCCAUACCCCGCCAUCAGGGAAAAACCUAGUGCUAAUUUUUGAAAACAGGAGAUGUUAUAUGGGCUGACCGAAAUCAAGGCACACUUCAAACCCCAGAUAAGUGGGAGUCAGCUUUGGCUACUCAGCGGUGGUGAGGGAAAGGCACUCUGCACAUGUGCAAUGACACUCUUUCCACUAUUAUUAUUAUUAUUAUACCAUAUAUUUCAGUUUAUGUCUUCAUUAGCCUCUCAUCUUGCAAGUCAGCCUUCCAAGUGCAUUAGAAUUACUUGAGCAGCGCUGAAGGGCAUUGAAGCCCACCUCAUUGAUAUUUCUUUUUAGCCACUGGCUUAUGAAGCCACUCACGCCUCCUUCAUUUCCUCGACGAAACACCGCAGAGCCUUUCCUUCUGCACUGCCGAGAAGCCUGCCUUUUGAAGUGCCUUGGAGUUAAUUGUACAGCGCUAAACCGCAUUGAAGUCUGCUGCGUGUUUCUUUCAAGCACCGACAGAUGGAGCUGUUGCUUUCCUUAACCCUGCUGUCAGGGAUGCUCUGGGGAAGAGAAUAGCACUUUUUAAAACUAGGCCCCGAGAGAGUAGGAAUCCUGCGCCAGGAGAUCCUGAAGUGUAGAAGGAAAGUCGGCGGUAAACCUAGGUGUGGCACUGGUACCCUUUUGGUUAUUAUGGCCACAAACCACUUUAAAAGACACACCCACCUGCAUGGACGAAAGAGAGGAUUAUAUUUUUGCAUGCAUGCUCUGUGGAUGGCUAAGAACAGAUCUACCACCUAAAACACCACCUGCAACUUCUGUGCGGUGGUUUGAUUUCAUUUGAUAUGUGGCAUUACAGAGGAUAAGACUUACCCGUGACUAUCAGUGGCUAAGAGCCACAACGGCUAUGCCCCGCCUCUACGGACAGAGGCCUUAAUUCUGAAUACCAGGAGGGGAGAGCGUUCUUGUGGUCAGAUACUGUUUCUGAGCUUCCCAUUCGAGCACCUUGUCGGCCACUGUGAGAACAGGAUGCUGGCCAAAUUGGCCAUCGACCUGGUCCAGCAGGGUCUUCUUAUAGAGCCUCCAGGUCCAGAGGCAGUCUACCUGGGUUCCUAGAGGUAUUUGGCCACUGGGAGAACAGGAUGCUGGCCUGAUUUUAUGGCCUUACGACUGCAGAGCUUAAACAAACUGAAAGGGUUUGUGCAUGCACUUUCAACCUUUAUUGGGAGUUGGGAAAUAGAUUGAGGAAGCAGAACGAGACUGGGAUGUUCACUUCCUUUCUGGCUCUAUGUAAAUCCUGGAUGCGGGUGGCGCUGUGGGUUAAACCACAGAGCCUAGGGCUUGCCGAUCAGAAGGUCGGCAGUUUGAAUCCCAGCGACGAGGUGAGCUCCCGUUGCUCGGUCCCUGCUCCUGCCCACCUAGCAGUUCAAACGCACGUCAAAGUGCAAGUAGAUAAAUAGGUAUUGCUCCAGUGGGAAGGUAAACGGCGUUUCCGUGCGCUGCUCUGGCUCGCCAGAAGCGGCUUAGUCAUGCUGGUCACAUGACCCGGAAGCUGUAUGCCGGCUCCCUCUGCCAAUAAAGUGAGAUGAGCGCCACAACCCCAGAGUCGGCCACGACUGGACCUAAUGGUCAGGGGUCCUUUACCUUUACCUUUAAAGUCUGGAGAUCAAACCACUUGCAAAAAUUAUAUCCGUGUCUAUGGGAAAGAUAUGUCACAAAGGGAUAGAUUUUGUGGUUUCCGGCGUGUGGUUUUGAUGUUCCGAUCGAGUGAGCUGGUUGUAAAGGUGAGUUUUAUCUGCUUCCUUUUCUGGACUGUUAAAUCUUCAAGAGUCCACCUGUGAUUCAUUCGGCUCGCUCCCAAUUAUGGCCAAAUAAAUUCUCUCUCCCUGCUGGUGUUUGCUUUACAAAAAUGCAAACGGAUAUUCUUAAUUGUAAAGUGAAAAAGUUCCCAGGCACUUUUCGAGGGGUGGGGGGCAUUUCCUGAUUAAGAGGCAGUGUGGUGUAGUGGUUAGAGUGUCAGAUUAGGACCUGCGAGACCAGGUUCUUAUGACUCCAGAGAUUAAACAAAUUGAUAGGGUUUGUGUUUGUGCGUUGUGUCUUUCAGUUUUUAUUGGGAGGUGGGAAUCAGCUUAAGAAGGCAGAAUGAGGCUUGGGUGCUGACUUCCUUCCUGGUUCUAUGUAAAUGCUGGUGAUCAAACCACUAUUAAAUUUUUUAUCUGUUUCUGAGGGAAAGAUCUGUGACACAGUGGUUGCUUUUGUGGUUUCAGACAUGUGGCUUUUUAUGUUCUGAUUGAGUGAGAUGGUUGUAAAGGUGCGUUUUAUCUGUUUCCUCUUUGGGGAUGUUAAAUUUACAAGAGUGCGAUGGUGAUUCACUCGCCUCUCCCCAAUUAUGGCCAAAUAAAUUCUCACCCUGCUGGUGUUUGCUUUACAAAAAUGCACAUGAGUAUUCUUAUUUGUAAACAGAUAUUUCCCUCCUUUAUUCGGCAAGUAUUUCAAAUUGUGGGUGUCGUUGGAUUUCGGGAUUUUAAAAUAAAAUAAAAAUAAAAAAAGCAUUGA